UGAAGGAGCUAGGAAGUGAGAAGAGGAGGGGAAGGAAAGAAGAGUAGGUAAGAGGAGGAGAGAGCGUGAGGAGGGGGAUGUUAACCCAGACAUUUAAAAACACUCAAUUGUUUAGGGUUUCCAUGCUGAUCCAAAGCAAGCAGAGUUUGUGCUGAUUUUCUUUUCUGUGUUCUCUCUGCAGCCUGGGGGGCAGACUCUGAGAGAGGCAGGGGGUAGGGGGAGUGAGAUUUGUAACUUAGGGGCUGGCUGGAGGCCGGAUUUGUCCUCAGUGACUUUAAAGGAGUUUAUUGAGGAUCAUCAACCGGUUUUCCCACAAGACAUUAAUGCAUGCUGAUCAUUACCCCAUGCUUAUGGAAGAGAGAACACCAGUUAACAUUUAACUAUUUCCUUACAAAAGCUGCUCUGUAUUGGUAGAUCAGGACCACAAAAGGGAACAGAUAGUGGAACUGACUGUCAUUGAGCCAUGAACUUGUGGUUGCCCUGCUGCUGCUGGCAUAUUCUUCUUUGCCUCUGGGUACUUUUGGAUAAAGGUUGCUGCACAUGGACAUCCAGCCAUCACCACCGAUAUACACCAGCACUGCAAUUAAAAGCCAGGGAGACCCUCACCACCCCAAAAAGGUAACCAAUAUUGUUACGGAGCUGGUGGGAAUGUAAUAGAUGAAGGUAAUUGUACUGUUUUUGAUGGAUUAGGGCCAUUAUGACAAGCAAGUGUUAAAUUAGCAUUUUUUUUUUAUUCUAUUGCUGGCUAUAUAUGGGCUAACUGAUUUACACUGAGAACACCCUGAUUAUGAAAAGAGAUGUAAUUAUAGCAUGCGUUAUUAGUUUGUUUCUAAAAGGACAAACAUUUUGCUAACUGUUCCAUCAUCCAAAGUAUUAAUGAAUAUAUCCUGUAAUGACAGUGCUUGUGUUUGCCAAGCAAUUCAUCUCAUAUUGUAGUGGCAUUUGCACUGAUUUCAUGUGCCACUGCCAGGUGAUAACAAAACCCUAGGAACUUGGACUCUGUUAGUUUUGCAGGCUUAUCGUAUAGAAUUGCUAUGCAUAUGUAAUCCAUGGUGGUCUUAUGAUUGCUUAUGGGAUGGCAGAGAAACAAAAGAACCCUCUCACUGCCAGAAAGACAUUGUCAGGCCCCAUUAGUGAGGAUUAGUUGAAAUUCUGUUAACUUCAUAUUAAAAUACCAAUGUGUGCAUGAUUUCAGCUGCAGCAACCCCCCCACCCCCAUGUAAGAGCUGAGAGUAUGCGACUUGUAUUGCAAAGUAUGUCCACUGUGGCUAGAGUGAGCUUACUGGCUGGAUAUUUGUGGCCUGAGGAUAUUGAAGGGGGAACACUAACAAUUUAUAUGGGAAAAUCAACAAAGGAAGAAGAGAGAUAAACAAGCUGUACUCAGAAAGCUGCUCUAUCACUGAUAUUACAGUGCUCACCAUCCUCCUUAGACCCAGCAAUAUAAUGUAAUUGCUAUAACUACAGUACCCACACUAAUUCGAUCCAGUAAUAUUGCCACAAUUACAGUGAUCACUGUUUUUAUACAUUUCUCUACAAUUGCCUUGCCAAAUACAGCUUCACUGUACGUUCCUUUUAGUCUAUUGUUAUAUUUUGUGCAGUUAUGUCAAUUCUUAAAGUAAUGUGUAAUUAAUGAGAAAAUGUACUGCUUCAUUAUGGUGGAUUUCUAGAGAUCAUAUACAAUCACUUAAAGGAACACUAUAGUGUAAUCCUGACACUAUAGUACUUAACUAAGUAUUUAGGUUCACAGCCCCUCUUAAAUCGCAUUUUUCCCCCCAUGCUAUGCCAGUCUCAUUGCAGCUGGCCUCGCCUCCAUAGCUGAGAUUAUAAAUUUUGAUGAUCUUAGCCAAUCCAGUACUUUCACAUAGGAAAGCAUUGGGAGGCUAUUGCACAUGCGCUACAAAACGCUGCACUGCGCCAAUCAACAUGUCCUCAUAGAGAUGCAUUGUAUCAUGAAUCUCUAUGGGGAAUGUUCAGCGCUUCCAUGCAGUCUGAGUGACUGCCACUAGAGAUGUUACUAGGUGUUUCUUGUCAGCAAUGUAAUCACUGCCUUUUACAGUGCUCAACCUCCAGGUACAGACUAUAGACACCAUAACCACUACAUUAAACUGGGCGUUACCAUGGGGGUGUAACGAGCGCUUACCUUUCCCCGCCGGCCCAUGCAGCGCGGGGUCCUCCUCCAAUACUUCCGGGGGGCGGCUCAGCUCUUCUGACGCCGGCCGCUCGGAACACGCCCACCUUUAUGACGCGACGCAUGCGCGCCGACAUCAGAGGGAAAAUGCCGCCAAUAUUCAAACGUGGCCACGCUCCCGGACUUUUUGGGGGCGUGGCUUCAAAAUUAAAGUCAAAGAACCCACACUAUAAAAGGGCUAUUAUGACACUUGUCAGAUGCCCUAGUGUGGUUCUUGUUUAAAGUCCCCUAGUGCUAUUAUCUCUGCUUGUCCUUCUUGGUAGUUGACCCUUGGCUAUCUCUCCGACUAUUCUGUUUUCUGGUUUCCCGUUACUUGGCUUGGAUAAUCGUGUGCCCGUCUUCCGUAUUCCCUUGACCUCUGGCUAUUCCUUUAACUAUUCUCAGACACUAGUCCGGCCAUUCUAAGGUCCGGUAACCGUCUUUCUGUGGGUUUCACGCUGUGUGAAGGGGUCACUGUUGUGACAUUGGUCACUGUCGUGACAGGGGGGACUUUGCGGCUGAAGCCACAAAUUUGGGAUUCUUUGGCACCAGAUCUCUAGUUGGUGAGGGAGCAGGAGGAUAUUAGUGUUUUAAUUCAAUGCAGCUACCUGUUAUAAAAAGAAAGAUUAAUAAUAUAGUGUUCUGCCAGUCUACAUUGAAGGAUAAGGUGGUUCCUCUUAGAUGCCUGUCAGAAAGUGUGCUGGGUACCAGAACUUUGCUGCACAACCCUCUAUCAGAAAAGUAGUAUUACAGCAUAAUCAGGGUCGGAUUAACAUAGGGGCUGAUGGAGCUGUGGCUCCAGGCCCAUGCCCAUGGAAAAGGCCCAUUGAUUUAAAAAAUAAAUACAAAUACAAAUGCAGGUAUUUUUCACAGUAUAAAUAGAGAUUACUCUGCAAUACCAAUACUGGCCAGAAGGGGACGCUGUGUGUGGAGAGAGGAAAGGAUAGGAAGUUACAGCAUAUAUCUGCCUCUCUCUAGUCACUGAUCCGCAGGGGAGCAGCUACACAGCAGAGAGAGUCAAGACAGCUGCUCCCAGCCUGCACAGACAGCCUACAGUUUAGGUAAGUGAGGGAUGGGGUUAGACAUGGGGAGACUUGGGGACACUGAGAAUCUUGGGGACACUGAGAAUCUUAGGGACACUGGGAGACUUGGGGACACUGGGAGACUUGGGGAAACUGGGAGACAUGGGGACACUGAGAUACUAGGGGGCACUGUGAGACAUGAAGACACUGGAAGACUUGGGGACGCUAGGAGACACUGAGACAUUGGGAAACUGAGACACUGGGAGACAUGGGACACUGAGACACUAGGGACACAGUGUCCCCAUUUCUCCCAGUGUCCCCAUGUCUCUCAGUGUCCCCAUGUCUCCCAGUCAAUGUUCUAGUGUCUGUGUCCCCAUGUCUCUCAGUGUCCCCUAGUCUUCCAGUGGCCCAUGUCUACCAGUGGCCCUUGUGUCUCAGUGUCCCCAUGUCUGUGUCCACAAGUGCCCCCCGUGUCUCUCACCCAUCUACACGUGUCUCUGUGUCCCCAUGUCUUCCAGCUAGUGUCCCCUAGUCUCCCAGUGUCUGUGUCACCAUAUCUCUCAGUGUCCCUAGUGUCUCAAUGCCCCUAGUCUCCCAGUGUCCCCUAGUGUCUCACUUUUCCCAUGUCUCUCAGUGUCCCUUAGUAUCCUAGUGACAUGGGGACACAAACACUAGGGGACACUGGGAGACAUGGAGACCCAGACACUAGGGGACACUGAGAAACUUGUGGACACUGAGAAACUUGGGGACACUGGGAGACUAGGGGACACUGGGAGACUAGGGGACACUGGGCAACAUGGAGACACGAGGGGACACUGGGAGACAUGGGGCACUGAGACACUGUGAUACAUAGGAACACUGUGAUACAUGGGGGACACUGGGAGACCUGGGGACACAGACACUAGGGGACACUGAGACAUGAGGACACUGGGGGAAAUGGGAACACUGGGGGACUGGGUGACAUGGGGACACUGAGACACUGGGUGACUUGGGAGACACUUGGAGCAAUCCAUUUAUACAGCAGAAUCAAACUGUGAGUAGUUUGUUGGUGAUUUUACAGAAUUUUCUCUUAUGUCACUCAUUGUGAUUUACAUAAUGCGAUGUCAUGCAUACAUAAUUAAUUAUGCAUAUGAAAAGGGCCGGUAUUUUUUUCCAGAAAGGUGACAACCCUAACCAGUGGCGUACACAUGACCCAUGGGGCCCCGGUGCGAAAAUUGAUCCGUGGGCCCCCCCCCCGUGCGGGCCGGGCCGCAACACAUGGCGGUGGGCACCUGGUCGCAGGGGUUACCGGGCUGCGACCCCUGCGACCGCGGUAUGUACGCCAGUGCAUGCAGAUGCACACACACUUAAAGGACCACUCUAGGCACCCAGACCACUUGAGCUUAAUGAAGUGGUCUGGGUGCCAGGUCGAGCUAGGGUUAACCCAUUUUUUCAUAAACAUAGCAGUUUCAGAGAAACUGCUGUGUUUAUGAAUGGGUUAAGCUUUCCCCUAUUUCCUCUAGUGGCUGUCCCAUUGACAGCCGCUAGAGGCGCUUGCGUGCUUCUCACUGUGAUUUUCACAGUGAGAGCACGCCAGCGUCCAUAGGAAAGCAUUAUGAAUGCUUUCCUAUGUGACCGGCUGAAUGCGCGCACAGCUCUUGCCACGCGUGCGCAUACAACCGACGGGGAGGAGAAGAGGAGGAUCGGAGGAGGAGAGCUCUCCGCCCAGCGGUGGAAAAAGGUAAGUUUUACCUCUUUCCAGAGCCGGGCUGGUGGGGGUCCCUGAGGGUGGGGGCACCCUCAGGGGACUAUAGUGCCAGGAAAACGAGUAUGUUUUCCUGGCACUAUAGUGGUCCUUUAAAGGACCACUACAGACACCCAGAUCACAUCAGCUCAAUGAAGUUGUCUGGGUGUCAGGUCCCUCUAGUUUUAACCCUGCAGCUGAAAACAUAGCAGUUUCAGAGAAACUGCUAUGUUUCACUGAGGGUUAAUCCAGCCUCUAGUGGCUGUCUCACGGACAGCAGCUAGAGGAGCACACUGAACGUCCAUAGGAAAGCAUUGAGUAAUGCUUUCCUAUGGGCGGUUUGAAUGCGUGCGCGGUCGCAUUCGGAGCUGAGAGGCUGAGGGAUCCUCGGCGCCAAGGGAGUCCGGCGCUGGAGAAAGGUAAGUGCUGAAGACACACACACACACACACUUACAGUCGCAUACACACUAGCUAACAGACACACACAUUUACUGACAGAGAUACAGUCAGCGACAGACAUACAUACACACUCACUUACAAAACAUACACUCUCAUUGACAAACACAAACUCACUAACAGACAUCAAACAGACUCACUAAGACACACACACUCAGUAAGACACACACAGUAACACACUCACUGACACUCACUAGCAGACACACACACUAACACACUAACACUCACUAGCAGACACACACUAACACUCACUCUAACACUCACACACACACUAACAAACACACUAACACUCACUCUAACACUCACUCUAACACUCACACACACUAACACUCACACACACUCUAACACACACACACUAACACACACACACUAACACUCACACACACUAACACUCACACACACUAACACUCACACAUGAUUUUUUUUUUAAUUUAAUCCCCCCAGCCUCCUUACCUUUUGGAGUGCUGGGGGGAUUCCCUGGGGUCCAGUGGUCUGCUGGGCUCCUGGGCGGGUGGCCGGUCGGGCAGGCAGGCAGGCAGGCGCGCGAGGAAGCACUCAGUGCUUCCUCUUCAGCUCCCUCGCGCGCCGCGUAGGGAUGCCGGAGCCGGAAGAUGACGUCAUCUUCCGGCUCCGGUAUCAUUGCGGUGCGCGAGGGAGCUGAAGAGGAAGCACUGAGUGCUCCCUCGCGCGCCGCCUGCCUGCCCGACCGGCCACCCGGGGUCAGCAGGGCCAGCCUCAGGGGGGCCCUGGGGUGGUCGGCUCCUGGGCCCCCCAGGGGAAGAGGCUGGCCCUGGGCGUACAUACCAGGAACUUCUGCCUGUUAGUAAGAAGGCAAGGAGACAAGUGAACAUGUGAGUGAUAGGGGACAGUCCUUAGAAAGCAUGGAGCGAGUGCAUCACUAGACGCAUUUAUGUCAAGUUCAGGGUGCUGUCUGCAUAGUAUGCCCUUAGUUGGCCAGCCUGCAUGAUUGGCAGGCAGCCUGAGAUGCAUUCAUACCAGACUGGCCUUCCAAUUCUUUGGGCAGAUAUGCCCCCUUUUUUGGCAUGUUCACCCCUUUCAGCAGUUUUGGUUACACACCCUUUUACUCUGCUCAUUGACUUCCUGCUUCACUGGACACUGCUGUUAGGGGGUAUGGAUUUACUUGAAAGAUGAAAACAUAAAUUAGAGAGAGAUUAGCAUAGGGAAUGCAUUUUCUCAUAGCUGCAUCCUAUGAGUUUCCCUCCAGCACCAUCUCCAUCGAUACAUGACACUUGGGAGGUAUGACAAUAUACAUCGUAAUUGUCAGAAGCAGACCCAAUGGGCUCUUAAUCUGACCCUGAGCAUCAUAUCGAAUACCUGGUUGUGCAGCAUGUGCUUGUUUCUGCAUCAGUAUCAUACUGUUCCUGGGUAGAGAGGAGGGUUAAUAAAGAAGAUGGGGAUAUAUCCCUGACUGUCUGUUAGUGUAAGGGUCAUAAAGGUUUCCUUUGGGCUCAAACCCCAGAUGUCUCUGGAACCUAGCAACAUUCCUGUACUAUAUAUGCCAUUGUAGUAUGCAGACUAUCAGGGUUAUUCACAAAAGUGUGGAAUUCAAGACAAAUUCAAAGUAAAUUUCAAAUUCAACGUCAAAGCAGCCAACCUGGAAAAAUUCUCAUCUGUGAGCUGUACUUUCGAUUCACAUACUCUGGCUUUAAAUUUGAGAUUCACUUUGAAUUCUCCUUGAAUUCCUACUUUAGUGUAUAACCCUGUAUAUCUCUAUCUUAGGGAUAGGUGUCUUGUAGUGGAGUUUUUUGUAUCUUCCUUUAUGUGCUACCGGUAAUCUACUACUUGCUGCCUGUUUCCUUCAUGUAUAUGAAAGUAAUUUAACUGCAAUUAUGGAGUUACUGUUUACCGUCUCUGGCAGCCACCCAUCCCACCUCUUUCUACAUAUUCACCUUGCUCACACACACACGCACACACUGUAACUGCAGGGGUCUCUGGCAUACAGCUAGUUGUAGUAACUAUCUGUUUACCCCUGGAGCAGUUUCAGAUUUAGUCUGUCUGUCUCUGGCACUCCCUCCCUCUUGUGAGAGUGGCCUGUUCCCUUGAGGCUAAAUUAGCAUAACAUUUUCAUUUUUCUCAUUGACAUAAGUAUUCAGACUCAGACUCAGUGCUAGUUGAAGUACAUUUAGCAGUAAUUGCAGUCUCACAUCUUAUUUGGUAUGAUGCGAAAAGCUAUGUCCACCUGAUUUUGGGUUUCUGGCAGGUGGGAGAGCAACUUUUGUGGACAGCCAUUUUCAGGUCUCUCCAGAGACGUUCCAUUGGGUUCAAGUCCAGGCUCUUGCUAGGCCUUUCAAAGAUAUUCGCAGGGUUUGCGUUGUCUUGGCCGUGUGUGUAUGCGGUCAUUGUCCUGUUGGAACGUGAACCUUCGUUCCAGUCAGAGGUCUUGAACGUCUCUGGACAAAAUGUAUUUAAUGUGUUGUAAUAUAUAAAGUUACGCAUGUAAAUACAAGAUAUUAUAUUUCAGAAACUGGUGCUCAAUGCCUGUCAGUCGGACCAUCUCAUGCCAAGUUCAAAAUGGCACCUUCUUGCAGAGAGUCUAUCAGACCUGUCACUGGGCAGCAGGCUGCUCCGGAGGAAGGUGACUAUGAAAUGUCUUAAGUGUUUCUUUUUCUCUGUCACCUUUUUCUCUUUCAUAUUCAGUUUCAGAGUAUUUAGUCGUUAUUCUACUACGUUGUAUAGUUGUCCUGAUCUCUGAGGCUCUGGUGUUCAUACAUCUGUUUUUGUGCUCAGUUGCUCUGUAAACAUUUAUCUGCUUUUGUCAGUCUCUUUGCUUUAGUUUCUUCUAUAUAUCAGUGACCCGUAGACCCUGGCACUGUUUUACUCAUCUUUUUGAACCUCACUUUUCUUAUUCAGUCUCUGUUUCUUGCACUGAGUUUCUUUGGGCCCUUUCUUACAUUCAGCUCCUGGUGGCAUCUUUCAGUUACAGGACAGUUGUUAGACCAACUUACAGACUCAGCUACAAGAUGGUAACAGCGCUGGAAUGGAGAUGCUGUCCAGGAUUCAGGGGGCUUAACUGUGAGGAGGGUAAGAUUCAUAAUAUUUUAUUUAUUUACAUUUUUAUUUAUGACUUGUUCCAGAUUAGAUCACAAUAGCCAAAACUACAUGGAAGAAAAAAAACAUUAGGUGUCAAACAUUGCAAUGCAGUAGUAUGAAAAGCAAGUAGAACAAUGUUUGUUUGUUUGUUAAAUUAUUUAAGAAGAAAAAUAGUUGACUGGUUUAGGAAAAGUCAUAAUUAACUAGCAAGUAGAGUGGCACUUUGGAAACUUUGCUAUGACCAUGAGAAGACCCCAUUAAAGAAAGCAAGAGGGAAAGCAGAAGUGGAGAAAAAAAGCCAAUAGAGGCAAUGCCAUUUGAUUUAUUAACUUAUCCCUAUAGGAAUGGGUGUGACGGUGCAUGUCCAUGGAGCAAACCAGACCAUCAGCUAAUGCCCACUGCAGGGGCUUGAUAUUGGAGCAGGUAAAAUGCCAGAUACUCUGACAGUGCAGAAUAUUAUUUAGAGAAGGGCAGCCACUGCCCUGCCUCCAGGUAUAAAGGCAAACAACAUAUUAGAUGUUACAGAUGCAGAGAUAAGUCCCGACAGAGGGCCGAGGAUGAGAGGUAGGUAGAUUGCGUCUCCCACCAGAGCGACUCUGGCAUAUACCAUGAUAUCGAGAAAGAUCGUGAUGCUGUGGAAUUUUACCCUCACAUGCUUGCUGCUUUGAACAUAGUGGUCACCUCCAUCCAUUGCUCAAUCCAGGAAGAGGCAAUGGAUGGAGGCUGACUGCACACUAUAGGUGGGAGGGAUAGAUUGCGCACAUCAGGAUGAACUGUCAGCCACAAAUCCUUUCCUACAGUUGCUGCUAACAUGGAUCGCAGAGACCUUCAAAGACUUCUAGGAAAUUGCAGUGGUGCAGAGAGGGCCUGUCAGGCUCCUCGGGAGCUUCUGAACGAGGCAAAAGGGCAUAAGUGCCAUCUUGUUCAUGGUCAAGUAGUAGUGCACUUAGAUGCCACAAAACAUGGUCGCAUCCAGGUGGAGCUAGGGGAAAAGAGAGUUGGCAGUUGGAGUAUUAUGUACCAGGAUAUUUCCAUCAGCAGAAGGGGGCAUGGAGAUUAUAGCAAAGGCCAAAGACUCUAGGAGAACUAUGGGUGGAGAGAAUGGCCACCUCACUCACAUUCAUGUUACGACAUGGGCCGCUAAUCCACCCAGAGAGAGUUCCACCAGAAGCUUCCAAAUGAGAAAAAGUUGGUUGCAAUUCCUGAGGAUACUGCCAAGGAAUCUUCAAAAGGCAGAAAAGGUAGCUUUUUGUUAUCUGUUCUGGUGUAUUUUAUAAUGCUUCAGUCUUGGCUCCCUAGUUCCAGUGGAGGGACAGAUUAACAAUUCAGUAUCCAAUUGUAUGCUAUAUGUCUAAUGUUGCUAGUACAGUUAAUGGGAGUCCCUUUCCUGUUUCAGUUUCAUACACAAGCAAGUUUCAUGCAGACACGGUUUGUCAAGAUGUCAUGGUGUAGAGGAACUUAAAGAACCAUUCCUAGCACCUUAGCCAAGACAUCAAUUAUAAAGAAUGCAAGUAUGUGCUCUGAUUAAAGUGAUUUCAGGCCAGGUAUUUUAGAAUCAUUUCAAAACAGCUAAGGUUUCUAAAGUAAGGACAAAAAAAAUCACUGGAGAUAAAGGGCACCCUUGCCAGUACUAUUUGUUAUUGAGGAUGACCAGAAGAGGAAACCAGAAUUAUAUUCUUUUGCUGAAGAGUGUGUAUAUAAUGUAGCUAUGGCCAAUUUAAAGUUGGCAAAAAGCCAAAUUUAUAUUGUUAUGUUGAGUAGCUAACAUGUAAGACAUGCAAGCGAUCAAAGGCCUUCUUCUCAAAAGACAGCAUUUGGUUUAGGUAGCUUGGCAAUAUAAAUCUGUGUGUAUUGUCUAAGGCAUAUCACCCAGGUAUAAAGCCCAGUUCUUCUGUAUGUAUCAGAAAUGCCAUCAAUGAGUUUGAUGGGAUGCUAGCAUGUUAAGGGAUUAACAAUGAGUUAAGAUGGGAUGCUAACAUUUUAAGAGGUUAAGUGCAAGUGCCCAUGAUAGAUUUACAUAACAUUUAAUGUAAUUGGUCAAUAUAUCUUCCUAAGUUAAGUAGUACGUUUCUGAAAAACAAUCAGGGCUCAGAGAUUUACAUUUUUUGGAGUGAAUGUAUAGCCAUAACAAUCUUUUAUUCUGAGAUAGGAGGAUGAUAGUAAUUUUUUAAGACAUCUGCUAUAUCUAUUUCUGAAUGUUGAUGUGUUUGUAUUUAAUGACAGAUUAUAUAGAUAUAUAGAUAUUAAUUUACCAUAUCAACUGGGUUAUGAAGAACGGUCUCCAACCUAAUGUACAACAGUGUGGGGUUUUGGGGUUUUUACAUUUUACAAUGGUUGUGCCCUCAGUCUAUUAGCAAGCAUUUUUCAGCUUUAUUAUCUUUAAUAUAGAAUACAUGUUUGAGCUUUCAUAAUGUCUUUUCACAGUGUUGAAACAUCAAGGAUAUUAUAGCUAAUUGAAUAUUAGUAAUAGUUCUACCUGUUUUGUUCAAGCAAUAUUUUUUUUUAUUGGUAAGGAAGUGGGAAUCUCAUUGAGGUUCUGAAUAAAUCUUUUUUUCAUGGUGGGAGCACUGUUGUAUCAGUAAAAUACUCUCAAAGAGACUCUCAAGAAACUCAUAGAUACUUCACUAUUAUCAUUAUCUAGAAAAUAUUUAAAUAUGUGUUCAGAGAUCACGUAAUGAGUUAAAUAUCAUGAAUAUGAGGAAGGACACCAGUAGCUAUGCCUUAUCUUUGGGAAUGAGGUUUGGAACAUAAUGGAGGGAAGUGUAUGGUUAGACCAAGAUAUUGAUCCAAUGUUUAUGCCCAAUGCUUGGUUCAGUAAGGAACUUUAUGUAAAAAAGAAGUCGAUGCAAGAAUGCAUAUGGGCAAUAGAAAUUCAUACAGAUUGUGCAUAGCAUUCAGAACAAAAACAUUUUUUACAGAAGGAUUUCAUUAAAGACAAUGUAAGUCAAGGUCCUCUGCUAUUAAACAGAGCUAGAAGUUUGUCACCACUGCAGUCCUCUAUGGUCCAUGGUAAGCAGCAGAUUUUAGAGAGACAUUUAGCCAGGUAGGGUAGCUGUCUCUGAUUAAGAGCAUAGUUACACACAAUAAAUGCUGAUAUGUUGUUUAUAGUCCUACCUACCAUUAUAUAUAAUCUGUCUGUUUCUCACUAUCUAGUGGAAAGCUUAACAUUCCAGUCCUUAUGAAAUGCCAUCACUACUAACUUGUUUGAUUGGUUAAUGCAAGCAUAGUGUUUUAAGUUUCUUAUUAAGCUUUUUGCAAUUGGGAGAAAAUUAGGGGAAAAGACAAGACAAGAGGAGCAAAAAAUGUAAGAAAAGAUUUUUAAAAAUUUUUUUACGAAGAAUGUAGCAUUAACAAGGAUCUGACAAGAUUUGUGGUCAUUACACUUAUGGAAAAACCAAAGCAAAAAAAAUAAGACAAGAAAACAUUGUAGGAAAUAGAGUUGGAUCCCAAUUAUGGAGCCCGAUGAUAGGCCCUUGGAUAUGGCAUAGAAUGACCUCACAUUUAUGUGUGAUCUGUGAGGAGGUCUGUAAAUUGGUACACAAAACAAAUGUCCAAAGGCAAAAGAUCAGUAUAUAAAGAAAAAUGUUGAAAUUAGAUACACUUUUUAAAGCAAAUGUACAAAAAUAAGAAGAAAACAGCAUGCUUUCUGGAUUCAAAGGUUCCGGGAGUUGUAUGAGCUGUUUUGAGCUCUUAAAGUUUUAAUAUUCAAGACAUGUUAACUAUUUUUAAGCAUUGGGGUCAUUGAGUGAUGAGCAUAUAAUGAAAGCUAAGAACAGGGAACAAAGAAGGUGGACAUUUUUCUAGCUUUUGCCUUGAAAUACUCAACUGUGGUAAAAAAUGGAAUCAAGUAAUCAUCUUGUGGUGUGGUUUUCAGUAACAAUUUUGGCAUAGGCAAACUUUUUGUCUUAUCUAAUAGUAAAUUAUGAUCUAUUGCAUGAGGCAAAAUGGAUGUGAAAAAAACUUGCAAGUAUAUAGAGACUUUGUUGCAUCACUCCCAACCUUCCAAAUCAAUAGGGUAGGUUUCUGAUUGCUUUGAGAUGAUUAAAUCUGUUAACAAGCUCAUUGUGAGCAUCUCUCGGUGUUCUAGGAUGUCAGUGUGUGAACCAAAUCUCCUACAAGAGACCCACUUCAAUUUUCAGUAAUCUUCCGGUGGUAUUAAACGCAACAUUUGUUGCAUAGAGUAGUUUUUACUCUGAUGUCGUUGCAUUGGAUAUGCUGAUAUGGACCUGCCUGAGUAAGGGUGCAUUUCAAAAUAAGGGAAAUAUAUGCAUACGAUGAUUUCAACCAUGAUUUUGGUUAUUUGCAGACUUGUAUUUAUGUGCGAGGACGCUUUAGGAUUAUGUGAUUUCUUUAAUCUGUGGUUUGACAUGAACUAUGGGCUUGGUGUGCUCAUGUUUUCGAGCUCCCUGAUAACAUACGUCUGUCUUACAAGUGGCUGGGGAUUUAGUUGAAGCCUAAUUGUAGCCAGGAGCAAGGUGUUAAUCUGUCUCUGACUCUGAACAAGCCAUAACCCCACAACUUUCAUACUUAUUAAUAUAUAAUCGGUAUUAUGCGUCUUAAACUUCACUUUCCGGUUUUUUUCUAGUGAUACAUAUGUGCAACCACAUUAUCAUUUAGUACACAUGUAUGCAUUAUGUAAUCUCAGUAAUGUUAAUGUAUGUAUGAUGGAAACUCACACUCUGAGGGGGUUAUAUAAAAAGAGUUAUUCUGUUGCCAAAUUGUAAACGUGGAACAUUCAUUGUGAACAUUCCUUUGGUUUCCCUUGUGAUUGCUCAAUAACCAACUGUACCCCAAAAAUUAUCUGGGAUGAAACUUAUGCACUUAAAAGAACUAAUAUAUUGACAUGAUCUUCAACAAGUUUUGUUACCUCACUUUUUUGACUAUGUGAAAAGUGAUACACAGUGUCUUGGAUCAUAUAUACAUAUUUGUUUUGGAAACAACCAUAUCUAUUUUGGACAAAAAACAACUAAUUAUUCAUUUUUGAGACAGCAAAAUACUCGAGAGAAUGGGAUUUGUACUGUAAAGAGGGGCGUUGUACACUAAAUGACAGCAUCUGCAACUCUGUUUCUGACAGAAGGAAGAUGUAAAUCUGCAAAGGUUAUAGGCCUCUCUAGUAUUUGACCUUCACCCUUCUUCUUGGAUUCCAUGUAGAAUUUGUUAACAAACACAAGUAAACUCUAAUUUCUCCUGGAGAGAAACAAGUUGGUAGCUCAAGGUUGUCCAACCUCGGAACCUCAAGCUAUUGUUGGACAGGCAGUCCGGGCUCCCCAGAACCACCAGGCCCAUAACAACCGCCACAGUUGUCACGCUCUGAUGGUGGCCCUGAACAUGAGUGACAUUCCCUUCCUAUGUUACUCUAGCAAAGUGCCAGAGGAAUUAUAACAACUACAGACACCACAUGUGCUGUAGUUGCUGCAUCCCAACAUUAGGAGGUAUGGAAUCGGGAUAGGAGGGUGGGGUUGUUGCUAUGACACCUGUAAUUGACAGGCCUGAUUGGGAAGUGGACAUACCCCUCCACUGAAGUGGCAGUCGUGCUCACUAAAGAUGCGCUAGUGAAGUUCUGCCAAGGAACAGUCCCUGGCGACCCAGAUGCAGGAAAUUAUGGAACUAAAUCGGGACUUAACUCUAAAAUAGAAAUUCUGUUUUUAAAAAGAAAGAAAGAACUUUUGCUACUCCAGUUUCUAAUAAUCCUUGGUAUACAUGCUAUGCUUCUGACAUAGAGAGCUAAUAUGCAGAGAACUGAUGGGCAUGGGAAGGAAUGGCCGAUACAUUAAUUUAGUUACUAUUAAAAAUCUCUUUAUUUCCUAGAAAUUCUGCUACCAUGAUGAAGGCAAUAGUCUAUGCAACUAAAAAUAUUUUGAAAUGUAGGUAGGGAUCUAGAUAGGGACAUAGAGGAUUAAUUGACUGUCCACUAGGUUGUGCCUUUACACACCUGGCAAGACCCUUUUAAUACCUAUGCCUAUAAAAAAACUAUUUUUCAUGUUUUACAUUUUGUCCAUUUUGUUAAAAUGUAUUUUACUAAACAAAAAAGUCACCAGUUGUACUUUGCAUUUUAUUUUCUUAUUCUUUCCUAAAUGUUUAAUAUAUGCCUUGUUAUACAAAGAGUUUAAUACAGAGGGAGAGCUGACAGCCUCUGAUAAGUAAAAUAUGAUAUAUGUAACAACGGCUUCAUUAAAGCUACUCUGGAGGAUUAUAUACUACAGGCUAAGAUUACAGAGGGUAUUGUGCACUUUAAUAAGAUUAUAAAUGUGUACCUCUCCCCCAGUAACACGGAGGAACAGCCUAUAUUAUUAAAUAGGCCGAAGCACCUCCCUUGUCUCCAUCCCAGCAGAUUUAGCCUCUUAAUAGAUGGCACUGACAAGCGUGAGAAAGAAACUCUCAAUAAUAUAUCUGUCCUGUUGCUAUCUUGGGCUAUCUAUUUUUAGUUCUUCUUAACUGUCCCUUUUUAUUCAUAUUUUCUAUACUAUUUUAUGGGUAGUAAAUAACUGGAAGAGAUUCCCAGUGGAGGUGGUAGCAGCAAUCACAGUUCAGGAAUUCAGAUUUAACAAUGAUAUGCAUAAGUCUAUUCCUAAGGAGUACAUGUGAGCUUUCAGGUAGAUGGGUCAUGUGUGGCCUUCUUCUACUGUCAAAUAACUGAUCAGUGACCUGUAAUUUCUUAAUGACUGUUCAUAUACAUGAUCCAACUGAUGGUUUAAUUACUAGAUUUUACUAUUAACAUGACAUAAAGUCAUGAUUUUAUUAAUGACACGGAGGCGAGUAUUAUGCAUUCUCUUUCUUUAUUAUACAACCAGCAGCAAGAAAAGGGAAGUAUGAGAGAAUCAUAGAAAAAAGAAACCAUAACAAUAGCCUGGUAACAGUAGCACCAAUCAGCAUCCAGUAUAAUCCAUAUAGGUGUAGUGCUCCUUGACUCCUCCUCUUUCUGCGUGGAUCCCGAAGACCAUUAGUGCAAAUUCCAAGGUAUUCCAACCAGAAAUACGAAUUCACGAACCAAAACCAUAACUGGAACUUCAAUAUAGAACAGUUUCAACCGCCAACUCUCAAGUUGUAUUCAAGUUAAAAGAGAAGAAAAAUAUGGUAAUAUCGAAAUCUCGUGACUGCUAUUCCGCAAUUAACAAUUUGUCAGCCAUGUUAAUCAAACAAUGUAAAUAUACCAAGUUCGUCAACCAUGUUUCUAAAUCGAAAUAAGUAUCAUAUAAGUCAUAUUCAUUGAAUACUUACUCACCUGUGCCAUGAAUGAUCUUGUACUUACCAUAUUAAGUCAUCCUUAAGAAGGAUGUCGUCUACAUAAAUUAUUAAUCUGACCCCUCGUGUGCGCAGGAAGGCAUUCACUGGCUUCAGCACUUUUGUGAAGCACCAUGGAGCAGAGGAUAGGAUGGGAAAAAAGGAGAUACUCUGUACUCACCAUAAGGUCGUCUGCCUGAAACGUGGGAAUUCCAGGGCUGUCCCCGAGAUGGGAAGAAUGGGGUAUAGUGUCGCUCCGGUACCGGUCUCUGGCUAUUAAAGGAGCCUCUGCCGGCUCUAGUUGAGCCUCGAAAUCCACGGCCGGGUAGACGGCUCCUUCCUCUGCCACCCCUCCAAAAACCCGAGGUGCGAAUACUCUUUUAAGAGAUGUCUGAGCUUUAUCAAUUGCUGUAAAUGUCUUUACGUACAGCCCAAGAUCCUUAAUAAAGGAUUCACCAAAAAGUAAGCCAUUAGCAGCUGGGCCCGGCUCGUUGGUCACCAUGCUGGCCAGUUUGGGCUCUAUCUUCAGGAGGAUCGUCUUGCGGCGUUCUGUAGCCAUAGCCGUAUUGGCGUUGCCCAUCAUGCAGACUAAUCUCUGCAACCAGCCUAUCGCUACUUCGAAAUCAAAUUCACUUUCGCCCGAUUGGGCGGACUCCACUAGCUCAUACAGUUUAGAUAUGAGUCCCAAAGUAUCAAGGAAUUUGUCUUGGCAGUUCCAGAGGGAAAAGUCUAAGGCCUUCCUUGGUUUCCAACCAGACUUGUUCAAGAAUUGGACCAACUGAGGGUCAACGUCCGGUGUUUUUUCCACCGAGUCUGGAAGGAUGGGUCUUGGGCAUUCCGCCCAUAACUUAUUGCGCCCCUAGAUAAAGGCUUUCGCACUCGAAGUGCGAGGUACUUUGCGAUUUGUGUAGGCUGCUCCCAUGCUGCCGAGCUAGGGUGACGGAGGUCAUCUGGGUCAAAUAACGGGUUACCCAGCAGGUCCCGCAAAUUGUCACCCUCGCCCGAGUCAGCAGGCUCAGCGCCCUGAGCCGUAGUCUUUUUUGGUCGCAACGCGUGUUUUAUGUCAGAUGCGGAAUGUGAAAAUUCCGCACUGUAGUGGUCCAUAUAGGAGUCAUCAUACUCCUCCUCCAAACUCCGGUCCGAAUUGGACGAAUCCCCAUGGGCACGUGCCGGUUUCCAAGCUCUGGUCGAUUUUGCCCGGCCAGGGGCUCUAGUGCGCGGUGGUAUCGCGCCAUCUUUGACAGCCUGAGGCAUGUCAUUCGAUGCAGGCUGAACCUGCAGUUCUGGAGGGGAGGCCACAUGUCUGCUCUUUGCCAAAGCCUUGCGUCCCGGUUGUGCCAUGUUAGUGGGUCCUGGGUUGCGUGUGUUCUGCAUGCCACUAGUCUGUGUCUGUAUCAAUGCCUCUGUUAUAGACUGAGUGAUAGAAGAUGACAUGAACGAAAUCGCAUUUAAAAUGGCUGCCGCGAGUGAAAGUUACACUCACGGCGACGGAAACCAAAAAGAUGUCCACCGCGCCACAAACUGCACAUGCGCGGACGAACUGAAAGGGGAAAGUGAAACUAAAUGGCCGCACGUGCGCGGCCGCCCGAAAACCCGCCGACAGACCGCGGGCAUAAACCGGAGGUGCAACACAAGCACCAGAAAAUGGCUGAAUUACCACAAGUCACCCAACAGGGAAAAUAAGGGAAAUACAACCCUAAGGUGAGGGCAGGGAGGAAGCACUCCCCUGACACCAGAAGGAUAUACACCACAGACAGAAUGAACUGACAAUAAAUAUACAAUAAAUGUACCACAAUUUACAAUCUAAAGAACAUCCAAAUAAUGCAUAGGACUUAGCAAAUACAAAUAAAUGUAUAAGAGAUCAUAGGAGUAGCAAGGUACUUAACUUGUCUGAGGGAGCAGCAAGAAAGAGGAGUCAAGGAGCACUACACCUAUAUGGAUUAUACUGGAUGCUGAUUGGUGCUACUGUUACCAGGCUAUUGUUAUGGUUUCUUUUUUCUAUGAUUCUCUCAUACUUCCCUUUUCUUGCUGCUAGGAGUAUAAUAAAGAAAGAGAAUGCAUAAUAGGAGCCUCCGUGUCUUUAAUAAAAUCUGUAUUCAUCUGCUCUUCUGAAUUCUUUCAUUCUUGUAUAUACACUCUAUGUUGUUCACACACUCAAUCUGCAAUGUAACAGAUGUGUAGUUCAGCUCGCUGAACAUAGGGAAAUGAAUCACAAAAGUUUGUGAAUCAAAAAAGAGCAUAGAAUUUUAUGCUGUAAAAAAAAAUAUUUUCACAUUAUUCAAUCACACGUUCAUCAGUUUCCACCACCUCCCUACCUGCAACUUAAGUAAGUGAGAAUAAAAACAAAAUCAUAGCAGUUUUUUCUCUAAACAUUAAAUUGUAGUGAACGGAAAACAUAGUUUAAAAAUUUAGGCCAAAAUAGCCAAUCUGUGACUAGGAUAAUUUGUUUUUUUCAGCUCGUGUAUUUUUGCCUAACAUUUGCAAUUCAGUUUUCAAUUCAUGACUGUUCAGAGUUUCAGUGAAUGCUGGUUUUAUAAUGUGUUUUAUGUAUACAAUCUAUAGACAUGCUUGAGCAUCUCUCUUCUUCUACUACAGAUACAGGAUCCUUGGCAGAGGCACAGGAAGCUCCAAGAGUUAGUGCUUCCAUUCGGAAAUUGCCCCCGAGGGCCGGGGGGAGCUUCUCAGGUAACCUAGACUUGCCCAAGUUCAUGUGUGUGGGCGCAGGAAUCUCUAUUACCCUGUUUGGGAUAAAAUUAAUAAGCUGGCCCUGUACAUUUCAAAGACUGUUCAGUUGUGUGUACUUAGCGUGUAUUUGAAUGAGUGAGAGCAGAUCUUGACAUUAAUCUUGAUGCAAAACACAGCAUUUUUGAGAAUGGAAAAAAAAAGUUGGCACUGGAAGCUCCCAAUCCCUGUAUAAGUGCAAUGUGUGUUCUUGUGUUUCUAGUUAUAGGUUCUGGGAGCGUGUCCUCCUUUUACCCUCCCUGCUUUCAGUGUUUUUCCUUAGGUCAGGGGGGUUAAAUGCAGAGUUCACAAACUGUGCCAAGCCAGCUGGGAGAGAGCGGGCAGCUGUGUGGGAAUCAGCUGCCACAAUGACUAACCCUUUAACUACUGUAGGGAAGCACUAUCCUAUAGUAACUCUUUCAAUGCCAAUUUGGCAUUGAUACAUGCCUCUUCUCAGUAGUUACGUCUAACCUCCAUAGCUGGAAAGAGGUUAAAACAGAUGGGAGAUUGAAGAUUUAUGCUAUCUUUUUAGACUUUCAUUUGCAUAUUCUCACGGAGCUAUCCAAUAACAAGUGAGUGCAAGAAAAGCUUAGUGACAUCACAACAUAAAAUAGGUCUUGGCUGUUACCCAUAACCCUCUAAGGGUUGGCGUAAGGAGACUCCCUCCCAAGUGCUGUCACUGCACAGUGUGAUCGCCUUGUAACCAUGGCAAUCGCUGCAAUGUGGCCUGCAAGAAGCGAGAGGGAGAAGGGGUGAGGGUGAAAAUAUAGCAAAUAAAAAAGGGAGAAUGUAUUUUAUAAGCAUAUGUUAAUAAUUAUAAUUUUUUUUUUUUAAACCAAAAACAAAUUGUUAUUCAAAGAGAUGAUAUAAGGCAGAUUAAUGAACAAAGCAAUAGAAUAAAUUAUUUGCAAAAAAAAAAAGGUAAUAUACUAUAUAAAUGCCAUGGAAUAUGCAUUAAGGAGGCUUACCAAACAGGAUGAAUUAAAAAUAAACAGAUGGAUAGGAACCACAUAGGCAAAAAAAAAAACUGUAAAAAUAGGAUAAAAUAUAAAAAUGGAUGCUUGGGAAAAGAUUAGAUAGAUAAAGUGAGAAAAGUACAGUGUAACAGAGAGGCAAGCAUCGACUGUAAGAGUAGUAGAGAAAGAAAAAAAAAUAGAAAGAGUGGAAAAAUCACAAAAAAAGAGGGCUAGAGAAAUGGAAUUAAAACCAUAUGUGUUACUGUAUGACAGAGAGACUGGGGUUUACGCAGCUCUGUAAUUAUGUUUAUAUAACACAGGCAAAAUUACAAUGGCCUCUAUUUAUCGGUUUGCAAUGCCAGCAGUGCACAUAGCCCUGUAAUCUUGUACCACAGGUAUAUAUAGCCAGCCACCUGGUGUCUGGUCUGAUGUAUUAUUUUAUCUAUAGUACUCAUAGAUCAACAGAGACCUGUUUUUAAAGAUUUAUUAUGUUAAACAGACACUGUAGACACUAUAACCAUUUCAUCUCAUUAAACUGGCAUUAAUUUGGCUUGGAGUACCCUGGCACUGUCCAAGACCAACCCGUACUGGAGGUAUUGCUAUAGCCACUUUAAUGAGACGUAGCACUUACAGGGUUAUUCACUAAAUUCAACGUGAAUUCAAAGAGAAUUUUUAAUUUAAAGUUAGAGUAGUUGCACUGGAAGCAAAGUGGAAUUAAAGAGUUUUUUCAAAUCGGAUAUUUUGACCCUAAAGAAACAAACGUAAUGCUGACACUAUAGUAUUAAACUAACUAUUAGGGUCCCUGGCCUUUUUCUCCAAGCCUUGCCCUACUGCUGCGGCUGGUUCUGCCUCCAUGGCUUAGAUCCAUGCAGAGUGCAGAGACGCGGAGCAGCACUGACACAGAAGGCACCGUCUGAGUUACUGCCAUUAGAAAUGUUCUUUGGUAUCAAUGAGGAGUCAGUGUUUACUUUAAAAAGCCUGCAGGGUCAGGCUAUAGACACCAGAACCACUACAUUAAGCUGUAGUGAUUCUGGUGACUAUAGUGUCCCUUUAAAUUUGAAAUUCACUUUGAAUUCUCACUUAAGUGAAUAACCCUGUGUCAAUGCCUGUAGUGUCCCUUUAAGAACAGUGUGUUAAAAUGACCAACUGGAAUUAUAUGUCAUGCCUUAACGUGAAUAGCUGCAUGUGAGGUCAGGAUUUAGUGCAAGAGAUGCAGUCUCUUUAAAUAUCUUUUAGCAAUGGUAUGUCAACCUGUUUUACUAAAGCUUUUGUAAGUCACCUUUAACCCACAGCCAGCCUGUGCUUGGAAACUGAACAUUUUCACUUGCGUUGAUUAAACGUUAUAGAGAUGAUUUCAUUUCUGCUACAUAUAAACCCAAUAAUUAAUGGAAAGAUGCAUGACACUACAUUCUAGAUCACCUUUUUAACCAUGAUUAUCCGUGUUGAUAUAGGAUGCUUGAACUGUAGCCGCAUUCCCGAAAUGACUGAGCGUCUGAGCUCAUUGGAGGCCAAGGUAUUGUGCUACAUAGACUAACAGAGUGGGUGAUUUAUAGUGGUACCUACAUUUAACUGUCUACACAAUUCACUCCGAUUCUUUUUACCAAUAGGUGGCAAGGAUCAUACAGCUUGACUCAUCAUUGAGUGAAGAUUUUGGUUCUCAUCUCCCCCCCUCUCCGCUAUGGGGAAGCCCACAAGCACGAGGUAGCCCUGGAGAGAUUGGCAUAAAGGGUGAGAAAUAUGCAAUUUGUACAGUUGCUCUUUUCUGCUAAUAGUGUCUCAUUUGGUUUAAUUUGAUACUGUUGGCAUCAGUCACUUAUUUAUUGUGACAAUCGUUCUUUUUCAUUUAUUUGUUUCUAUGUCCAUCUCUUUUUCAUUUCCAUUGUGCCCUAUGCUAUGCCAAUCUCGUGUGCUUCCCUUUCUUUUCUAUGUGAUUCGGAUCUAUCCUGUCUGUUCCAUUUUAGAAUCUUGACCUGUAUUGUAUGACUUCGAUUUAUUAGGCAUAUGUGUCACAGGACACAGCAUGUGUGAUAGGGGAAGGAAGUGGGGACAGGAGAGGUCCUUGUCCAUCCUGUGACGCCACUCAGAGGUUAUAGGACCUCACCCUUGUCUCUUAACUGUUUCACUGGCAGAGUAGCCUGCAUGUGUCAUUUCUGGUUAUUCAAUGAUUCCACAGGCUGCUUGCUUUCAAAUCAGUGCUCAGUAUAUCCUGUUACUAUCAUAUUAUCAACAUUGAUCAUUCUACUCCUUUUGCAGGUUCAGCGACACAGCUUGCAAAAGGUUCCUACCUAAACCAAGAUGGUAGGUGAUACUGAUUUCCCUUAGCUUUGUGGUUCAUGUUUAAAGGUGAACUGGGACUUCUCUGGAGAUUAUAUAAUUGAAUAAGAUAUUGCAAAGCAUGAAAGAUUUAGCAAUUGACAUCACAAUGCAGUUCAGCCAGGUACAGUCAAAGUACACAUUGCAUUGGAAGACGAUAAACAAAAACAUUGUUUCUGUGUCUCCUUUUCUUUGUAUGUUCUCCAUGCUGAUUGACAAGUGCGAAAGUGCAAAUUCCAAAGGCAUUCAAAGUGAAUUUCAAAUUUAAGGCCAAUGCAGCCUGUACCUGGAUUCAUAUCUGAAAUUGAUCCUUUUCAAGUUCAGCUAUUUUGCCCUUAAAUUUGGAAUUUACUUUGGAAAUCAUACUUUAGUAAAUAACUCUGAUAGAUUAAAAAUUUUAAAAAUUGGCAGUUCUACUUUAAGGUCUGGGCACUACCAUGUUUCCAUAUUUAAGCUCUGACAUUUGUUUCAGGUAUUCCUCCAAGAAAUGUUCCUCAAGGUCCAGUUGGGGGACCUGGAAGGCAAGGGUCACCAGGAGUAAAAGGUCCAGCUGGACCUCCAGGUGGGAUAAAGUUUCAUAAAAUAUUUGAAAGUUUGUUACUUUACUAUUUUCUCUUUUUAAUUAAUCUCUUUACUUAACUUUUUUAUGCGUUAUUUUUUUUAUUUCUAUUAAUUUCUUUUUUGUAUUAGUAUAAUAUACAAUAAUAAUAUCGCACAUACUGUUUUUUCCACUUUACUUCCAGUUUACCGUAUGCACUUUCAUACUUUUAAUUAACACUUUGUGCCAAAAAUGGCAUGCUUUUUUCCUCUCACUCCACUUCAUUUUAUGUUAAUGAAACAGCAUUCACAUUUUUUUUAAUUUGAUUUAUUUUAUUUUCAAUAUAAAAGGAAGGUUGUAAAACAAAAAAAGAAUGGAACAAUUGGGGAUACAAGAUGAAAAAAUAGGUACAGUGGUUUGGAUGGCAGAUUACAUGCUGAGAUUAAACAUGUGUGGUCCGGUAUCAUGCUAUCUUGCCUCUAUGUUGAUAUUCCACAUAUCAUUUCAAUCAGUUAAAUAUAUAUUCAUGCUUAUAAAUACAUGUGAACUACCAAUCAUUUAUUAGGGUGUAUUGCAAUCUCUCGUGCAUUUUUCCCAUGAUUCACAAUAGAAAAUGGAGGAGCUUGACCAUCUAAUUACAUGUUGUGUUGUGUGUCGUGUGUUCUGGCUGUAUGUUAUAUUUGUGUGGUGUGUGCCUACUGUAUGUGAUGUGUACACAUUGGGUGCAAUACUGUUAUAUGAAUGUCAUAUGUAGUAUUCUUGGAAUUUAAUGCCAUACACUUAAGUAAACUUAAGCAUAGGCAUGUGUUUGGGUUUAUGUGGCAUAGUAAAUCUCAAUAUUUUAGUGAUUAGCAAAAUCACAUCACUCCUAAAGUAUCCCUAUUUUAGGAGGGUAGUCACUAUUUUGAAUCCAAAUCCCUCUGUCCCUCUUUUCUAUCCUAGCAUCCCUCUUUUAUAGGAGUUCCUUAUGGUUGGUGUGUCUAGUGUAUAAAAGAGCUCUACACUCCCCACACUCAUCACCCUUAUAUCUCCUACAAUACAACCCCUUCUUCCCUCUGGGGCUACACAAUGGAGCUCUUUCCAUUCCAUCAAAGACACAAGAUACAUCAAGCUUGGCUCGGUCCUAGACACUAAUGCCCUGGUCCCACUUGCCAAGCUAACACAAGCAGAAAGAAUGACCCACUGCCCUACAGCACUUCAAAUACACUCAGUUAUUGCACUUUCUGAAAGUCGAACUGCACCUAUUACAAGGACCUCACCCACUCACAACAUUUGAAACACACUGCGACACACACAAACUCUUGACCAAACACCUAUUUAUAGACUACUACAAUUCAACCCCAAAGAUAACUUACCUGCCUUUACAUCCUCUUGGGCUCAAGAGCUACACAUUACACUUACAUCUAGAGACUGGCAGAGGAUCUUCACAUAUACGCAUUAAAAUCGUCUAUCAGCAACAACAUACAAGAAAGUAACUAUAAGAGAAUUUCUAGAUGGCAGUAUUCCCAGGCCAAACUUAAAAUUCCCGUCCUCUUCCGACAAAUACUGGAGAUGCACUCAGAUGGGAGGCACCUCAGCCCACAUGCGGUGGACCUGCCCGACCAUCCAAAAGCAUUGAAACAAAAUAGUAACACUUCUCACUUCAAUUAUGGGCCUCCACAUAUCCCAUAUUCCAGAGACGUUGUUAUUCCUACUACAUCCUCAUCCACUCACCAAACCCCAAAAGCACCCUCUAUCUGAGAAUGGAUAACAAGGGUAAACUCGAUCAGAACGAUGGAAGAAAUACAUGCAUCACUAUCUAACAAAUACCACCUCUAUAGGGCAAGUUAGGAACCCUGGCUACACUUUCUUGACAGACAACAGGACGCACACUGAUAAUUUACAAUUACUACAUCAACACACAUUAUGAUGAUUCUCCCCUUCUGUGACCCCCCCAGAAUGAAAGCAGCAACCGACCCCUCUUGCACUCUCCUGGACCCGUUUGGUCCAACAUAUAUGAUUUGUUCAUAACUACCGAUCACUUGCUUCUAUGAUGGAUGCAACCAUGUACAGUCGUUCACAAUCGGAACACUAUUAUUUCACCCAAAUGUCACAGAAUCGUUAUUUACAAUAAAAAACAAAAUAAAAAAGUGUUCGCCUUUAUAUACUAGCCAGUACCGGCAACUGUUACUCCUAUAUAUUAGACAAGUAGAUAUUGUCAAAACACCUGAGAACUAAGGUACUGACUCAUCCAUGGUCCUACCCUGCAAUGUGCCGGAAAUUUCUGUAACUGUGCCACGCCUGAGAAUCCUAUUACUAUAAUCUGUGUUACUAUACCAACUUACUGAACACAAUAAAAAAAAAAAAAAGAAGCUCUAUAGCAAUAAUACUAACAGUUAUAUGUCCUUAAAUUACAAUAAAUCUGUGUAAAUUAGAUAAUUGUUUUUGCUCCAUUUUACAUUUUAGCUACUUAAAUGGUUAUUACUAAGUCACCUAAAAUUUGUCAGAACAGUCACACCGCUGGCCACACCCCCCUCUAAGACCCCUAAAAUUAAAGUGUCCCUAUUUGCUCAUAUGAAAUUAUUUAUUAUUUAUUUAUAAAAUAUUUUACCAGGAAAGAUACAUUGAGAUUUCUCUCGUUUUCAAGUAUGUCCUGGGUCCACAAAACAUUGCAUUGAUACAUUAUGGUACAAUAAAAUACAAAAACAAUAUUAAUACACAAUAUAUACAAAAUUUAACAUAGAACAGUUUGGAAAUGUAUAAUCAACCAUGACACGUGCAUUCUGUUUUGAGGUAUGUAGAGAGGGAUCUCUUAAAGGAUUUUAGGCUUGGGCAAGAUUUGAAAGUGUGCGGAAGGUUGGUCCACGAUUGCAGCGCUCUGUAGGAGAAGGAGGAUCGGGCUGCUUUCUUUUUGUAUUGAGGUAGACUAAAUAAAGUGCUGGUACUGGAUCAGAGGUUAUAGGAGGUGGGAACAGCUGCGGAGAGCAUUUUGCUCAGGUAGGGUGGGAGUUUCCCAGAAAAGCUCUUAAAAACAAGGCUGGAAAGAUGAAGGGUGCGCCUGGAUUCCAGCGAAAGUCACUUUAGUUCUUUUAGCAUGUCACAAUGGUGGGUUCUGUAAUUACAUUGUAGCACAAAUCAGCAGAAUGAGUUAUACAAUGUAUUGAGUUUAUUAAUGUGGGAUUGUGGUGCAGAUCCAUAUACUACAUCCCCAUAAUCAAUGAUUGGAAUCAGCAUUUGCUGUACAAUCUUUUCCUUUACUGUAGGGCUUAGGCAGGAUUUGUUUCUGUACAGGGCACCUAGUUUUGGAUAAAGUUUAGAUGCAAGUUUUUCUAUGUGGAGGCCAAAAGAUAGAUUGGGGUCUAACAACAUACCCAAGUAUUUGAAAGAGUGGACUGCGGUCAGUGUGCUGUUUGAAUUGGUUUUGAUGGAUAGGUGGGAUUUGUGUAAUUUAGGUACUGUGCCAAAGAUUAGACAUGUGCAAUUAGUUUCGGUCCGAAUGUGAAUUCGGACGAAUUUCGGUCAAUUCGGACAUUUGGGUACUUCCGAAUGUCCAAAUAGAUGAAUUGCCAAAUUGUCAAAGUUCAGAAAUUACCGAAUUUCCGAAGUGCCGAAGUUGCCGAAAUGUCGAAGUGCCGAAGUUCCGAAGUAUUGCCUAAGAACUUACCCAGUGGAAGAAUGAAGAAUGUCACACUGGAUACAAUUUUAAAUAAAAAGUAUACAAACAAAGCCAGGAUUCAGCUGUAAGCAUUUGCAACACUUACAACAAUCAAGUAACAUACAUUCAUAUAAAAUGUAAGUUACUUAGCCUGUCAAUGUAAUGGCAGGAAUGAAUAAGUAGAUAACUCCCUAAUUCCCAUGGUAUUAGAGAGCUAUCUGCUAAAAGGCUGAAAGACCUAAAUUGGUCUUUCAGCCAAAUUUACUAAUACUAAGUAAAGAUUACUUAGUACUAGUAAAUUAUGCCCCUACUCGCUAUACCGCGAGUAGGAGCAUGUCUAUUAAACAGUGAGCAGCCUGUGUAAUUUGACUUAUAACUCUCUGAUUGGUGGAUUGGUGGAUUCCAAAGAACUUUCCCACGCUGUGUAAAAUGACACAGAGCGCUCUGAUUGGUGGAUUUCAAGCUAACCAAUCAGAGUGCUGUGACAGGUAAAUGUAGAGAUUUACCUGUCAGUCUCUUCAUUCACCUGUCAGAGCACUCUGAUUGGAUGGCUUAAACACACCAUCAGAGUGAAAGACCAAUUCAGCUCUGAGCCUAAUUGUAGGGCAGGGCAAGGCUUUAUAAGGUGGGCCAGGGGAGAGGUUAUUAGGUCCCCCCCUUAUUAGUAUUUAGGGCCCCCACCCACCGCUCAGGGGUGGGGGCCAGGGUGGAGGACAAUAGGUGUCUCCCCCCAUCAUUUUACUUUAGGGCCCCCACCUGCCGCUCUGGGGUGGGAGCCAGGGGGGAGGACAUUAGGUCUCCCCCUUAUUUUAAUUUAGGGCCCCCACCCACUGCUCAGGUGUGGAGGCCAGGGGGGAGGACAUUAGGUCCCCCCCCUAAUUGGUAUUUAGGGCUCCCACCCACCGCUCAGGUUUGGGGGCCAGGGGGGAGGACAUUAGGGCCCCCCCUUAUUAUAAUUUAGGGCCCCCACCCACCGCUUAGGGGUGGGGGCCAGGGGGGAGGACAUUAGGUCCCCCCCCUAAUUGGUAUUUAGGGCUCCCACCCACCGCUCAGGUUUGGGGGCCAGGGGGGAGGACAUUAGGGCCCCCCCUUAUUAUAAUUUAGGGCCCCCACCCACCGCUUAGGGGUGGGGGCCAGGGGGGAGGACAUUAGGUCCCCCCCCUAAUUGGUAUUUAGGGCUCCCACCCACCGCUCAGGUUUGGGGGCCAGGGGGGAGGACAUUAGGGCCCCCCUUAUUAUAAUUUAGGGCCCCCACCCACCGCUUAGGGGUGGGGGCCAGGGGGGAGGACAAUAGGUGUCUCCCCCCAUCAUUUUACUUUAGGGCCCCCACCUGCCGCUCUGGGGUGAGAGCCAGGGGGGAGGACAUUAGGUCUCCCCCUUAUUUUAAUUUAGGGCCCCCACCCACUGCUCAGGUGUGGAGGCCAGGGGGGAGGACAUUAGGUCCCCCCCCUAAUUGGUAUUUAGGGCUCCCACCCACCGCUCAGGGGUGGGGGCCAUGGGGAGGACAUUAGGUCCCCCCCAAUUUUUAUUUAGGGCCCCCACCCGCCGCUCAGGGGUGGGGGCCGUGGGGAAGGACACAGGGUCCCCCCUAGUGGUAUUCAGGGCUCCACCCACCCGGCUCAGGUUUGGGGCCAGGGGGAGGAGACGGGCCCCUUGGUAUAAUUUAGGGCCCCCACCCACGGCUUGGGGGUGGGGCCAGGAAGGACAUUAGGUCCCCCUAAUUGGUAUUAGGGCUCCACCCACGGCUCAGGUUUGGGGGUGGGGGGAGGACGUGGGGCCCCCUUAUUAUGGUGGGGCCCCCCACCCACGGCAGGGGUGGGGCCAGGGGAAGGCAGUGGGUCCCCCUGGUGGUGUUAGGGCUCCCGCACCCACGCUCAGGUUUGGGGGCCAGGGGGGAGGACAUUAGGGCCCCCCUUAUUAUAAUUUAGGGCCCCCACCCACCGCUUAGGGGUGGGGGCCAGGGGGGAGGACAAUAGGUCCCCCCCCAUUAUUUUACUUUAGGGCCCUCACCCGCCACUCGGGGGGGGGGGCAAUAGGUUUGUUUUUGUUUUUUAACAGUGAGCAGCCACAGGCAUGAUCCACAUUUGCAGUUUCAGGAUGCGUGUCAUUUAUUAGUUUGGCAAUCAGGGCAGAGGAGCAUCCGACAAAAUAAUUGUUAAAGGCAUUUGCUACAUCUAAGGGAAGUUGCAGGGUUUGGUUAUCCACUUUGACAGUGCAGGGUUGGGAGUGGAUUGGGGGAGUUUGUAAUUUAUUUAUGACUUUCUAAAAGUUUCUAGGGUUUGAUAGGUUAUUGUUCAGAUUUUCACAGAAAUAUUGGGCCUUGGCCAAUUUUGUUUGUUUUGUGGAUAUAUUUCGCCAUUGUCUAUAUGCACAGUGAUCAUUCAUAGAGCCAUUACGCUUGAACUUUGACCACAAAGAAUCACGAAACUGGUACAUUUGGAUGAGGUCAGCUGUGCUCCUUUUACUCUCACCUUACGCAGCAGGGCAUGCAAAUUCCAAAUUUGUAGGAGUUCAGACUGAAAGAAUUCAACAGCACAGUCUAGAUCUGGGAUAAUGUUUAAUCUGUGCCAUGGGUGGUUCUUGAUGUCAUUAAGAAAGGAUUCAAGAUUACAUUUUUGAAUGACCUGGUGAUUUUAAUCUUGGGAGAGGAUUUAGUAGCCUUUAUUUUGCGCACGCAUUGCACUAAACAGUGAUCACUGAAACUGUUAGGGAGAACACCGGCCUCCUGGAUUCUAUCAGGAGAAGUGGAGAGAAUCCAAUCGAGCAGGGUAUGGUUAUGGCUUUUAAUGUUUAUGCGAGUUGGGGAGGAGAUUAAUUGCGUUAGUUGCAAUGUCUUAAACAGCGUGCAAGAACUAUUAUUUUUAGAAUUCAGCCAAUCAAUAUUAAAAUCUCCAAAGACCAAUAGUUCACUUUUUGGGUUUUGAGCUAUGGUUUCACCAAGGAGAUGGGCUAUGUCUGAUAGGGAAUGCACUGGGGAGCUAAGUGGGCGGUAGAUUCCUGCAACAAUGAUUGAUUUACUGCACGGGAUCUCAAUUGUGCCAGAAAUCAAAGGUGGCAGAAGGGCUAAAGUUUUUUAAAGGGGUAAACUUUAUGGAAUUGUCAACAUAAAUAUCAAUGCCUCCUCCUCUCUUUGCUCUGUCAUAUCUAAAACAUGAAUAACCCUGUAUUGCAAAAGCGGCGUCUGGUAUUUUAGUUGUUAACCAUGAUUCUGAGAGCACAAUGAUUUUUGGUUUGUAAUGGGAACACCAGGAAAUAUGCCAAAAGCUGUGUAGUAGAUGUCCACAUCGAACAUGCAAUAUAUGUUUUUUUCAGAUCGAGGCUUCUGGAGUUGCAUGUUGUGCCUUGAGCUCUGCAACCUCCAUCACUAUGAGCUGUACAGCAUGACAGAGCAUUCAAAAUCUGUGCAUGUCCAGAAAAAAACAGUUUUUCAUGACUGACUGGCACCAACCGGUAUGUAGUACUGUGGUGUGCCCUGAAUUAUCACAGUGGGCCAAGAGAACAUUGAGACUGAGGGCCACCAGCCCGUGCACAAACUCAUACAGUUCUUGCCACUGUUAACAGAAAUCCCAAAACAUUUCCUACUAUUUUAAUACAUAUAAGUAUGGGGUGAAACUGUAGCCCACAAGCACUGUAUACAUGGAUAACAAGAGUUAUCCAUGUAUACAGUGCCCUCCCACAGGGCCGUUUGAAGGAAUUUGGGGGCCCCAAGCAAAAUUGACAUGGAGACCCCCCUCAACCUCCCAACAGUGCAAAUACUGCUGUUGCAUAUAAUGUGCAUAAAAUUUGAACAUUUUCAACAAUUUAACAUUUGCAAAAAACACCACUGUACCAUAAAAUCAAAUAUACAUUAAAAAAGUGCACAAUAACUAAAUCCAAUAUACUUAAAACACACACACACUCACAUUAACAUUUUUCAGCUCUCACAAACGUGCAAAUUAUCUAAAACUGCUGUGCACGUAGUGUGAAAGAGCUCCCUGUCCUGCCCCCUGUCCUAUAGAGCUCUCUCUUCCAUCCCUUAGAGCUCUGCCCUGCCCCUUAGUGGUCUUUCCUCUCCCCCCACCCUCUUCUCACCCCCCCGCCCCGUGUUCUCCUCAUCUCCGCUCUCCUCCUGUGUUCUCCUAUCUCCGCUUCUCCUCACCUCCCCCUCUCCCUGUGUUCUCCUCACCUCCCCCCCUCUCCCUGUGUUCUUCUUACUCCUCCUCCCCUGUGUUCUUCUUACUCCUUCCCCCUCCCUAUGUUUUUACUCCCCAUAUUGUUUUUACUAACCCCCUCCCUCCCUAUGUUCAUUUUACUACCCCCCUCCUCCCUAUGUUUUUUUUACUCCCACCCUCCCUCCCUAUGUUCUUCUCACCUCCCCUUCCCUGGCUGUAGCGUGGCCGAGCUCCUAUUCCUCCUGGCUGUCACUCAGUGUGCAAUUCCUGUCAGUCCAGCCGGACUGACAGCCAGGAGGAAGAGGAGCUCGGCCAUGCUACAGGGAAGGGGAGGACGGAUGUGCCGAGAGAGGAGUGCUGCAGAUGCCUGAGGCUCUUUACAGAGUGCUCAGGCGGCUGCAGCCUUAUAGGAAACACCGGCUCUGCUUGGUGCCCCGGGACAGCUCUGGGCCCCAAGCAAUUGCUUGGUUUGCCUGCACGCUAGCGACGGGCCUGCCCUCCCAUCAGGGCCGGAUUAACAUAGGGGCUGAUGGAGCUGCAGCUCCAGGCCCAUGGAGUAGGCCCAUUAAAAAAAUAAAAAUUAUUAUUUAUUUUUUUUUCACACUACUCUUAGGUUUGCCACCUGACUGGUAUUUUAAGACACAGCCAGUAUUUGAGGUUGCCUGGCCGUGACGGUAUUGCAGUAAUACCGGCAAUACAAAUGCAAAUAUUAUUCUCAGUAUAAACAGAGAUUACUCUGCAAUACCAGCACUGGCCAAUAGGGGUCACUGUGUGUGGAGAGAGGCAGGUAUAGGAAGUUACAACAUAUCCCUGCCUCUCUCUACUACUCACUGAUCCCUGGGGGAGCCUCUACACAGCGCAGAGUCCAGACAUCAGCUCUACAGCUCAGGUAAGGGAGGGAUUGGGGGAAAGGCAGCAGGGACACAUGGGGACACUGAGACACUAGGGGACACAUGGGGACACUGAGACACUAGGGGACACUAGGGGACACAUGAUAACACAUACACUAGGGGACACUGAGACACUAGGACACAGACACUGGGAGACCUGGGAACACUGAGACACUUGGGGACACUGGAAAACAUUGGGACACUGGAACACUUGGGAACAUAUGGGGACACUGAGACACUAGGGGACACAGACACUAGGGGACACUGAGACACUGGAAGACCUGGGGACACUGAGACACUUGGGGACACUGGAAAACAUGGGGACACUGAGACACUAGGGGACACAUGGGGAUGCUGAAACACAUGGGGAUGCUGUGAGACAUAGGGACAUUGGGAGACACUGAGACAUUGGGACACAGAGACACUAUGUUCCCAUGUCCCCCAGCCAGUGUCCCUAGUGUCUCAGUGUCCCCAAGUCUCCUAGUGUCUGUGUCCCAUGUCUCUCAGUGUGCCUAGUGUCCCCAUGUCUGUGUCCACAACUGUCCCCAUGUCUCCCCAAGUGUCUGUCUCCCAGCCAGUGUCUCCUAGUCUCCCAGUAUCCCCUAGUCUCCCAGUGUCCCCUAGUCUCCCAGUGUCUGUGUCCUUAGUGUCUUAGUGUCCCCAAAUGUUUCAGUGUCUCCAUGUCUCCCAGUGUCUGUGUUCCUAGUGUCUCAGUGUGCCUGGUGUCCCCAUGUCUCCCAGUGUCCCUAUAUGUCCCAGUGUCCACAUGUCUAUGUCCACAACUGUCCCCAUGUCUCCCAGUGUCCCCAAGUGUCUGUCUCCCAGCCAGUGUCCCCUAGUCUCCAGUGUCUGUUUUCCCAUGUCUCUGUGUCCCUAGUGUCACCAAAUGUUUCAGUGUCCCCAUGUCUCCCAGUGUAUGUGUCCCUAGUGUCUCAGUGUCCCCAUGUCUCUCAGUGUCCCCAGUAUCCUAGUGACAUGGGGACACAUUGAGACACUGGGAGAAAUGGGGACACAGACACUGGGAGACUAGGGGACUGGGCGACAUGGGGACAUUGACACUGUGAUACAUAGGGACACUGAGACACUGGGUGACUUGCGAGACUGAGACACUGGGAGACAAGGAGACACUGGGAGCAAUCCAUCUAUACAGCAGAUGGAUUGCUGAGUUUGUAGGUGAUUUUACAGAAUUUUCUCUGAUGUCACUCCUUGUGCUUUAUAUCAUGUGAUGUCACGCAUAACUAAUUAAUUAUACAAAUGAUUAAGGCUGGAAUUUUUUUCCAAGAAAGGUGGCAACCUUAACUACUCUUCACAUACUCUUGCUUAAAGGAGCACUAUAGGGUCAGGAACACAAUCAUGUAUUUAUGACCCUAUUAUGUUAAAACCACCACCCUGGCCCCUUCUUGCCUCCCUAAAUAUAGUAAAAUAUUACUUGUAUUCAAUUCUGCAGCUGCUGGCUCAGAAGUGGUGGUCUGAGCAAAUUACAAUACUUCCCCAUAAGAUUGGCUGAGACUGUCAACUAGGCAGAUCGGGGCAGAGCCAGCACAAGUCCAACAUAGCCCUGGCCAAUCAGCAUCUCCUCAUAAAGAUAAAUUUAAUCAAUGCAUCUCUAUGAGGAAAGUUCAGUGUCUGCACGCAGAGGGUGGAGACACUGAAUGGCAGUGCUGCACACUAGGCAGUACUGCUCCAGGAAGCACCUCUAGCAGCCAUCUAAGGAGCAGCCAGUGGAGUUAUUUUCUCUGAAAAGACAGUGUUUACUGCAAAAAGCCUGAAUGGAAUGAUUCCACUUACCAGAACAAAUACAAUAAGCUGUAGUUGUUCUGGUGACUAUAGUGUCCCUUUAAGUUUGGAAGCUUAAGAGGGAUGUAUGGGAACAAAACUUGUGUGCACUGGCUGACAUUUAAAUUAGUUUAGGUAAUGCAGACUUUGGUCUCUCUAAGACUGUGGCAUGUACCCUUUCUUCUACACUCACUACAGACAUCUUUUCUCUGUCUCAGACUAUAUACCAGGAACUUCUGCCUGCUAGUAAGAAGGUAAGGAGACAAGUGAACCAGCGAGUGCUAGGGGACAGUCCUUAGAAAGAAUGGAGUAAGCGUAUCAUUAGACGCAUUUAUGUCAAGCUCAAGGUGCUGCCUACAUAGUAUGCCCUUAGUUGGACAACCUGCAGGAUUGGCAGGCAGCCUGACAUGCAUUCAUGCCAGGCUGACCUUCCAAUUCUUUGGACAAACAUGCCCCCUUUUUGGGCAUGUUCACCCCUUUUGGCAGGUCUUGUCACGUGAUUCGCGCCACUGGCACACCCUUUUACCCCACCCAUUGACUUCCUGCUUCACUGGACACUGCUGUUAGGGGUUAUGGAUUUACUUGAAAGAUGAAAGCAUAAAUUAGAGAGAGAUUAGCAUAGAGUAUGUGUUUUCUUAUAGCUGCAUCCUAUGAGUUUCCCUGCACCACCAUCUCCAUCAGAUACAUGACAGUUGGGAGGUAUGUUUGUUUUAGUGUUUUUGGUCGAUAAGAUUCCGUAAUUAGGCCCAUCAUAAUUGUCAGCACCAGGCCCACUGUGCUCUUAAUCCGGCCCUGCCUCCCAUACAAGUAGCAUGGAGGGCAAUUACCCCCCUUGUCAGCUCUCCCCUGCCACCACAUACAGAGCAUUGUUCCAGGUUGGUGGGAGCACCCCCAAAAUUUGAAGAAGCCAUUCAUCUCAUUGCGGCUUGUUUGACAGGGACCAUAUGCUAUCACAAGCUUUAUAAAGCAAACACAUGCCUCUUAUUUAUUGAAAUUGUGUAUUUUCCCUGUGCUGUAGGACUUUCUAUUUUAAUUUGUAAAAACUGACUCUGUCCUACAUUUUUAAUAUCUAAAGGCAUUUAGUAUGUAGAGGCUUCAUGUAAAGACAGCUGUCAAACUUCGAUAUCAAGGGUGUUGAUUUUUUUCAUGACAAUCUAAUUGUCCUGACACAAAAUUAUUUCAGUUACAAAGAUUUAAAUGCCAAUAGUCCUGGACAAUGACAGAGCUAUUUGCUAAACUGGUUAUUUUAUAAAUUAAAUCUGAAUGGCAAAAUAGAGGCAAAAAUAGCUGAUCUGGAAAAAUUAUCUAACUCUGCUAUAAUCACAAAAUGUCAAUGUUGGCCGUAGUUUUGCCAUUUGGAUUAAUUUUGCAAAAAUUUGUUUUAUGAAUUAGCCUCUGCCCUCACAUAGUUUCUCCCUUUGUCCUAGUGUGUUAUUGGUGUGUGCAAUUUGUGUGCGGUGUGUGCUGGCUGUGUGUCAUGUGUGUGUUCGGUGUGUCCUGGCUGUGUGUAAUGUGUGUGAUUUGUGCUCAUUCUUUGUGUAGUGUAUGCUGGCUGUGCUUGGUGUCUGGUGGCUGUGGGUAAGGUGCAGGAGGUGUGUGCUCGCUGUGUAAAGUGUAUGCUGCCUUUGUGAAUGUGCUUGUGUCGUGAAUGCUGGCUGUAUAAAUGUAUGUGUGUGGUGUGUGCUAACAAUAUGUAAUGAGUGUGUGCUGAUUGUUUGUCAUCUGUCCUGGCUGUAUGUCAUAUGUGUGUUGUGUGUGUUGGCUGUAUGUGAUUGUGAUUCAUUUAGAUUAUGAUAGAAUUUGUGAUACAAACACACAUACACCGACCCAUACACAGACAUAUUGCACGCUAACACACACUCAUUCACUGACCUAUACACACACAAAAAGCACACAUUCUCUGACACUCACAAACAGCACAGUCCCAUUAAGUAUCAGCAGCUACCUUGAUGUCUUUUUAUUGUUCAGCAGUGGGUGUGCAGUCUGUUCCAUGCCCUCUUUUUUUCUGUCCUUUUUAAAGGAACACUCCAGUCACCAUAACAACUGCAGAUAAAUUAAGUUGUUAUGGUGCCAAGAGACUUUCUUACCUGAAGGGGUUAAACCGUUUCCCAAAGUUGCCUCGAGAGACAGAUCUUCAGUUUCCCCAGUGGCAUCCAGCUUCUAAAAUUGAGUAUCAGUAAGUGCGAAGUGCUGCCAAGCAAGAGUGCCGCUUAUUGACUAGAGCAGUCAGCUUAUGCUUUAAGCCAAUCAGAAGCUCCCCAUUCAUAAGAAAGGGUAUGCUAGAGGCAACCUUUGGGGUUAAACCAUCCUUGAAGGUAAAACAAAACACCUGAGGUCUCCUGGCACCAUAUCAAUUUAAUUUCAAUGAAGUUGUUAUGCUGACCGGAGUGUUCCUUUAAGCUUCUGAAUGGUAUGCUUUCCAUGUAUCCACAGACAUAUGAUGCAGCAAGGAUCGCACUUACUGGCUUAAAGGUUUAUAUAGUACGCUCAAAUCUCCCAGAGAUCCAAUCUGGCCCUACACCCACUACCCCAAUGCCAUGGCUAAAUAAUAAAUAAAAAACCUCUUGCCAAGUGCUUGGAACUGCAUGUACUGGGCAUAGGUGAUAUUAAAUCCACACACCAGGCUGUGAAAGAGGCUAAUGUAGUCAUUUGUGAGAACAGUUUAGUUUUCCAGUUGUGGUCAAUCAGAUUCAGGCAUAUCAAAUCUCUCUUUGAUCUGUUUAUUUAGAUGUACUAUGGAUACGAUUUCUUCUAAGUGCUUGUCUUUUUUCCUAUAAACCUUGUUCCUAGUCUCAAACAAUGUGUCUUUUAUCUCCUCUCUUGCCAUCUCAAGUUUCCAGGUUACCAGGCUUUCUCUUGUGUAAAGUAACAUCAAUUGCCUUUCUCACUGCAUGGCUAAUGGCAGACAGAUUGCUUUUCCCACUGCAUGGCUAAUGGCAGACAGAUUGCUUUUCCCACUGCAUGGCUAAUGGCAGACAGAUUGCUUUUCCCACUGCAUGGCUAAUGGAACACAGAUUGCCUUUCCCACUGCAUGGCUAAUGGCAGACAGAAUUGCCUUAACCACUGCAUGGCUAAUGGCAGACAGAUUGCUUUUCCCACUGCAUGGCUAAUGGAACACAGAUUGCUUUUCCCACUGCAUGGCUAAUGGCAGACAGAUUGCCUUUCCCACUGCAUGGCUAAUGACAGACAGAUUGCUUUUCCCACUGCAUGGCUAAUGGCAGACAGAAUUGCCUUAACCACUGCAUGGCUAAUGGCAGACAGAUUGCUUUUCCCACUGCAUGGCUAAUGGAACACAGAUUGCUUUUCCCACUGCAUGGCUAAUGGCAGACAGAUUGCUUUUCCCACUGCAUGGCUAAUGGCAGACAGAAUUGCCUUAACCACUGCAUGGCUAAUGGCAGACAGAUUGCUUUUCCCACUGCAUGGCUAAUGGCAGACAGAAUUGCCUUUCCCACUGCAUGGCUAAUGGCAGACAGAAUUGCCUUUCCCACUGCAUGGCUAAUGGCAGACAGAAUUGCCUUAACCACUGCAUGGCUAAUGGCAGACAGAUUGCUUUUCCCACUGCAUGGCUAAUGGCAGACAGAAUUGCCUUUCCCACUGCAUGGCUAAUGGCAGACAGAUUGCUUUUCCCACUGCAUGGCUAAUGGCAGACAGAAUUGCCUUAACCACUGCAUGGCUAAUGGCAGACAGAAUUGCCUUUCCCACUGCAUGGCUAAUGGCAGACAGAUUGCCUUUCCCACUGCAUGGCUAAUGGCAGACAGAUUGCCUUUCCCACUGCAUGGUUAAUGGAACACAGAUUGCCUUUCCCCGCUGCAUGGCUAAUGGCAGACAGAUUGCCUUUCCCACUGCAUGGUUAAUGGAACACAGAUUGCCUUUCCCCGCUGCAUGGUUAAUGGCAGACAGAUUGGGGAAUUAAAUAUAGAUCAUUUACAAGUAGGGCUGCAAAUUUUAGGCUAAAAUAGCCUAAUAGUAGAAUAUAUCCAACUCAGCUCGUUUCUGGUUUGGUAAUUUUGGCCUAAAAUAUGUAAUUUCCUUGUCAAUUAUCUGCUAUUCCCAGCGUUUCUUUAAAUUUGCCAUGGGAAGAUUUCUGUCUUCUUGCUAAUGGGAAGUUUUUGUUCUGAAUUUUUUUUUUUUUUUAUAAAAUCCAAUCGUUUAAUAGAGCACCAUUAUACAUAUACUGUGUAAACAGCGUUUGUUUUUUGUCUUUGUUUUCUAUUUUCUAUAUUAGCUACCCCUGGGGCUUGUUUCUUUAAAUGUGUCUUGUGAUAUGUAGAUGUUCCAGUAGGGAGUUGUUGUCACCUUUCGAUCUACCAAGAAGACCAUUAACACUUAGCUUAAUGCUUUCAGACAGAAUUCCAACACUGAGCCUAGGCCAGUACAAUGAUAAAGAGUCCAAAAGAGUGGAACAGCUGUCCACGGCUGGCAUUGCUUCCAUGAAAUCCUAAACUAUGCCCUGCAAUAGUCAGAUGUGUGUUAAAAAGCAGCUCACUGUAAAUGGAAGCGUGGCAACGCGGUCUUUCAGAGCUACUUCACACUUUUUUCAAAUUGUCUUUUAUGUAGAUGUUACAACACAAUCUAUCUGUGCACCCAGGCUAGGCUGCUGUGCAAUAGAGUGUAAAUCUCAAGUGUUGCUGUAUGCGUCACUGCAAUAAAAUGUUUCUUCCAACAAGUAUCUGAUUUUAGGAUGUGGAGAGAUUCUCUAGACACAUAUAUCAGCUGGGGAAUUGAAUGCCUUCUUCUGGUAACAAAAUCCUAUUAAAUGCCAUGCAUUGAUGUUCAGUAUCCGCAUAGAGUAAAGUGAUUCUAAAUAAGUAUAUUCUUUUUAUUAAACAGAGUUUGUGUAAACAUCCUAAUAAGAAAAAUACCUCAUUAACUUUUCUUUAAAAGAGCACUGGGGCCUUUAUUCCCUGAAUAAACCACUGGUUGGCCCAUUCUUUGGAAAAUCUUUUAUUUUAGGUUCCCCAGUGAUCAACAAGAGUUACACAUCUUAAUCAUUGCAUUAAUGAUAUUUCAUAUACAUUAUGAUAUAUGGCAAUCUGACAUACCAUUCCACAUAUCAUUUGUCACUGUUACAAUAGACAUCAUAUGUAUUUUCAAUACCAUGCCAUAUAGUACACCUCCUCUACAGGAUGGCUCAUGCGUGUAUUCUUUUUUUUUUGUAAUUCUUUAUUUUCGGUGACAGAAGAAAAAACAAAAAAAAACAAAGCAGACACGUGAAUAAUACAGAGGCUUGCGCAGAAGCCAAUUUUCGUGUUUUACAGGGUUUUCACAGUAAUACAUAGAGAUGAGAUUGUGUUGUUAGGUGAUAAUACUACUGUACAGGUUUGUGCUCCUCUGUUUCGUUCUGUUUCGUUCGUUUUUUUCUCUCUCUUAUUUUUUUUAAUAUAUUCAACAUUUACAUACAGUAAGCAAACAAAAAACAUUACGAGGUUAAUUUUGACCUUGAACAGUAUAGUAGCUAUGUGAUAAUAACAAGGGGUAUCGUUAAGAGGUCUUAUGACCUUGGGUAUUUCUGUGGGUCUGUGGGGUGGGAGAAGGACAAGGGUCUGUGAUUCUACUUGUUGUGUGACCCCUAGGUGUCAUAGCCGGGUCUACAAUCUUUAUGUGCCUUUAGGUGUCAGUAGGCUCUUGUGUUUGGUGUAUCGUCCCUCUUCAUGUCGGUGGUCAGUCCAAUGACUUGUAUUUGUCUUUGUCCUUCUGGUGGAUGGGGUUGGGUAAGUUGGUGUGUGUAUGGUGUUGAUGGGGUGGGGACUGGGGCUUGAUGUCCCCUUCCCUGUUGGGUUGUGUGUCUACUAUUUUCAGUUUGUAUCUUUCCAUAUGUAUGGUCUUUCUGUAUGGUUGGUUUCCUUUCCUGUUGUAGGGGUGGGGGGGGGUUUAUGGGGGCUGCGGUGUCUCUGCUGUGGUGUUGUGGGUGUAGAUAUGGGUGGGGGGCAGUGUUUGUUUCUAUAGUUUUGUUGUUGCGCCUCUGUAGUGUCUCUGGUGUGUUCUUUUAGUGUUGUGUUGGUGGUUGGGCCCUGGGCUGUGUUUUGCCUCUCAUGUCUCGUCCUUUGCCUUCCCUCUGUGGUGGUUGUGUUAUGGAUUCGUGGGUUGGUGUUAUAUGGGUUGGGGGGUAUCUCUUUACUCUUGCCUCCGGUGGCCCUCCGUAUAGAGUUUCCAUUCUGUGUCGGUUAGUGGGUAGGUUGGGAGGCCGGGUCUGGGUCAUGCGUGUAUUCUUUAUCAAAGAAAAGUGCACAAUUACUAGCGCUAUACUGUGCCUUGCUAUUUAAACUUGAUUAUGUUUGUUGAUCAUGUCAGAUUUGUAUUUAUUUUUUGUUUGGCUCAUUCUAUUAAAAUGAACCAAUUUAAAGAGUAUAAGAAAUGUGGUUGUGGCUUUUCUUUUCUACUAUGAGUUGAUACAAGCAUUGCAGGUUUCUGAAAAAGUGUUGUUUUUUUUUAACACCAUUUAUUUUGUUUCCUUUACCAGUAUCUCUCUCACAUUCCUUAUUGCCAUUUUCCUCCAUGGGUAACUGGAUUAUCUUAAGUUUCCUAUUAGUUUACAUCAGGUAUGUUCCCUUUCAUUCUUUGUGAUGCCUUCUCACUGUUUUUGCCUCUUCCUAUAGGUCCUCCUGGGUCUCCAGGCCCCCCUGGCAAAGAUGGAGCUGUGGGACCACCUGGUGAAAGAGGUCCUCCUGGUCCCUCAAGUCUGCCCGCACCAGUGAUGCAAAGGCUUUUAGAUCAAGGUGAGCUCAGCUGAUGCACAAAGUAAUUACAGAUAUCAUUAUAAGUAUUGCUUAUGUGAAUGUCAAAGCUGAGUUCAGUAAGUGGUUACCCUUUGCCAAAGCAGUUAAAAUCAUUACAGUCUGCUUAUUUCAAUUUUUAACAUUAGACUUGUUUACAUGACAUGAUCAUUUCCACAGCAGCAUAUGUAGAAUCGCAGUGUGAGCUUGUAGCAUUAUAAUUAUCAAUUACUGCUGUAUUAUGAUUAUUUGUAUAUGAAAAAAAAAUAAUAUUUUGCAUUUACUUAAAGGACCACUAUAGUGCCAGGAAAACAUACUCGUUUUCCUGGCACUAGAGUGCCCUGAGGGUGCCCCCACCCUUAAGGUCCCCCCCGCCCGGCUCUGGAGAGAGGAAAGGGGUUAAACUUACCUUUCUCCAGCGCCGGGCGGGGAGCUCUCUGCCUCCGAUCCUCCUCCUCUCCUCCUUUUCGGCUGAAUGCGCACACGCGGCAAGAGCUGCGCGCGCAUUCAGCCGGUCUCAUAGGAAAGCAUUUACAAUGCUUUCCUAUGGACGCUUGCGUGUUCUCACUGUGAUUUUCACAGUGAGAAUCACGCAAGCGCCUCUAGCGGCUGUCAAUGAGACAGCUACUAGAGGAUUUGAGGGCUGGAUUAACCCAUUUAUAAACAUAGCAGUUUCUCUGAAACUGCUAUGUUUAUAAAAAAAUGGGUUAAUCCUAGCUGGACCUGGCACCCAGACCACUUAAUUAAGCUGAAGUGGUCUGGGUGCCUAGAGUGGUCCUUUAAAGCUUAAAUGUACAUUCCUAACGCUAGAGUGCCAUGUUAGCAGUAUAGGUGCCUGGUCCCUUCCCCUGUCUGAAGGAAAUUAAGUACUUUGACUGACCUUUUCUCCCUCGCAGCACAGGUCUCUGUGCUGCCGUCCCGCCUCCAAUAGGAAAGAGUUUUAAUUUUUCAGAUGAAGCUAGAGGCAUUUAAACAUUGGUGUUCCUGCAGAACAGGGACACUGCACACAGACCACAUUAUUGAGAUUAUGUGGUCUGGGUGCCUAGAGUGUCCCUUUAACCCCUUAAGGACACAUGACAUGAGUGAUAUGUCAUGAUUCCCUUUUAUUCCAGAACUUUGGUCCUUAAGGGGUUAAAGUGGCAUGGUAGCCAAUUUUUAACUCAAGGAUAGGUGAAGCAAACUAUGAUUUUGAUCCCCAAAGAUCUUAUGUGUUUAGCUCCUUAAAGGGACACUAUAGUACCCUGAGGGUGCCCCUACUCUCAUGGUCCCCCUUCAGCUACUCACCCUUUUCCCCCUCCGGGCUCCCUUACCUCUCCUCCCCCGCCGACGUCAGCAUCCUUGUCUGACGUCACCGGCGCCGAAUGCGCUUGCACGGCACUGCCGUGUGCGCAUUCAAAGUGUCCGUAGGAAAGCAUUUUUCAAUGCUUUCCUAUGGACCCUCUGCGUGAUUGUGGCAUAAUAUGCCAAAAUCAUUUCCGAUGCGCCUCUAGUGGCUGUCCAGAAGACAGCCAUUAGAGGCUGGCUUAACCCCAGAUGUAAACAUAGCAGUUUCUCAGAAACUGCUAUGUUUACAUCAGACAGGGUUAACCCUAGAGGGGCCUGACACCCAGACCACGUCAUUGAGCUGAAGUGGUCUGGGUGACUAUAGUGGUCCUUUAAGUUCUAUGUAAUAUUCAUAUGCUGUGAUUUUUUUUUUUAGUUCCUUUUAUCUAGUGGCAGCACUGGCGCAUACAUGCCUGCAAGUAUUAAAAUGUGGGUGGUUACACUCUUGGUCAGCAGCUGCAAUUUGCCGAAAAAAAAUACAUCUUGGUUCAAAGUUUUUUGGUAUGAUAAUAUUACGUUGUACCUUCUCAUUUUGAAACUCAGUCUAUGCAUAACAAUCAUAGCUGAAGAAUUUCAAGAUUAUAUAUAUGUAUUUUUUGCACAUUUAACCACAUAAAGGGUUUACCAAGUAGGUACGGCUUACCUAAAUGUUUUUUUUCCCAUAACUCUUACAUGUGUCUGACAAAAGAAUUUAACGGAACACUAUAGUGCUAGGAAUACAAAGCUGUAUACACUGUAGUGUCCCUCUUCUCCCCCUCCCUCGCACUCUCCUACCCCCGUUGGAAGAUCAAGGGUUAAUAACCCUUUAAACGCUAAUCUGAUUCCAGUGGGAAGUCACUCUAUGCUGAGUUAGGCUCCUCCUCCUUUGGCAUCAGCCAAUGGGGGAGACUAAUGCACAUGCAGCAAGUGCUGCACACGCAUUAGGCCUUUCCUUUAGGAAAGUAUUGACUCAUUGCUUUCCUAUGGGGUUUUUCAACACACUGGACAUCUACAUGCAAAGCGUGAGGACGUACAGAGUCAAACUGUAGACUGUAAGCUCGUUUUGGCAGGGUCCUCAUCUACCUAUUGUUUCUGUAUCAUUUCGUAAACGUCUCAUUUAUUAUUAAUAUAGCGCUGCAGAAUAAUUUGGCGCUAUGCCAAUAAUAAUACUAAGAAGACUGCAGGAAGCACCUCUGGUGGCUGUCAGGAGACAUUACAUUUUCUGUAAAACUACAAUGUUUCAGAUUGCAGGGCUAAAGGGACAGGUCAUGUUUAUGAGACAUAUAAAACCAGAAUAGAAUUAGACAAAUAGAUCAAUAGACAGACAGAUAAAGAUUAUAAUGUAAAAACAAUUGUUCUGGCAGAUUCCACAAUACCCUAUAUAGAGGAUUGUAUAUGUUUCUAGAAAAGGGGAUAUACAGUAAAAUAAUGAUCAAAUACAGUUGUUGCAAAGAAAACAAAAAUCUUUGCUUCUGGAUAUAAUAUUGUAUAUAUAAAAAUGAAUAUAUAGAGUAUAUAUAUAUAUAUUUAUAUAUAUAUAUAUAAAGACGCUUGUGUAACUGGUGAACAUGGUGUACAUUUGUGGUUUAACUGUGUAAUUAUGUGUAAACCUAUCUCAGGUAAUAAAUGCAGCCCUUUUUUCAAUUUGGCCAUUUCAAGCUGGACUCGAUUACCUGGGAUAAAUGGUACCACUGUUUGUUUCCUAUGUAUUCUGCAAAGGCUGUAAAUCAUUGAGGUAAUAUACAGAGAAUAUUCCCGUAGGCAAUGUAAUCCAGUUCUUUCUGCUUCCUUUAUGCCAUUUCCUACUUUUGUUAUAAAUGAGGAUGGGAAAUUGUACGUCUUCUAAGGAAACUAUAGUGAAAGAGUUUGCAGUUAUAAUUUACUUUUUUUUACAUGGAAACUCCACUAAGCUGGCACAUAUUUCAAAUUGUAUGUGAUUCAUUUUUUUGUAGGGCCAGGGAAAGCAAUUUCCUCUGCACACUUCAUUUCCUGUCAUGUCACAGCAUCCUCCAGCUUUUAAAUGCAGAGGAAGAACAUAAAAUAUAAAUGUAAUGUAGGAAUGCUUCAACCAAGUUUACCGAAAAACAUACAUUUUUUGUUAUCUUCUAUUGUGCCAAUGUCUGAAAAUGUAUUUUGCAAUUCUUAAAAUGUAUCACAUGAAGCUGUAAGAACAAAAAGCACAGACAGGUACACGGGAGCUCCUUGUACCAUAACCACAGUGAGGGACGUAAGUUCUUCAUGGUUCUUGGAGCGUCCUUUUGGUAACCUUUUCGUUUUCGUCAAAAGUGUUUGCAUUAAGACAGUUUUGUAAAGCUAUGCAAUUGUUUCAUUUCAAAACAAUUAUUAACUGGAAGCUAAUGAUUAAAAGAACUAUUAUGUCAAACAAUUGAAAUGAAUAGGAAGUAAAAGAACUUGACCAUGAAUUGUUUUUUCUUUUCCUUUCAUUGAGUUGAUUUAAAGGGGAAGUGUCACUAGUUAUAAAAACAAGCUAAAUGAUGUGUCAUUUGUGGAGCUUUUCCUGUUGGAUGAAGCAAGGGCUUCUUUUACUAUACUUUGGGCUUCUUGUACUUUUUUUUUUUACAAUACAGGGUAAAGACAUAAAUAGAUCAAUAAAUACAAAAUACAAUCAGAGAAGAUUCAAUAAAAUCAAGGCAUACUUAAAAUGUAUAUUUCAUAUGGUAGCUUGCACACAUUUGGGGAAAAAAGAACAUUAAUAGGUUUUUUUUACUAAAGUGAAAAUUCAAAGGGAAUUUCAAAUUUAAGGUCAAAGUAGCAAAUAGAAAAAUUCAAUUCAAAAAGUCAAUUAUACUUCCAGUUUUUCUACUUUGGACCUAAGUUUGCUAUUCAUUUUGAAUUAUCUUUAAAAUCCCACUUCUUACAACAAUAAGACAGUAUUGUAUUGUACAUGUACAUUAAAUAUCAGUCUACCAGAAAAGAAUAAUGCAAUUAUGGAAGGUCACCCUUAGAAUAUAUACUCAUUAUAGGGGGAUGUUAUCCAUCCUCUUGUAUUAGAGCCAUAAUAUCCAAAUGCGUUAAUAGAGAGAGGCAUGUUUUCUUUCUUGAUUACUGUAUGUGGUAGAAGAUGUUUCAAUGGGAACCAUUCAGUACGUUAAAAUGAGGCCCAUUGUCUGUUUUGGAUCCCAUGAGGUAAGUACGCAUUAAAGUGAGACAAUUAUACCAUUUAGCAAAAACAAAUUAAAAAAACAUUUUUUACAUUUGUCUUUGUGAAGUGAGGUUUCUUUUUUUUUUUUAAUUCUUUAUUUUGUCGUGCAUAAAUGGUACAAAAAGUACCCAUUCUGCCACAACAGCAGAGAUAGGUUAUAAACAGGCAGGGCCCCCCCCCCGUGACAUCACAAUGCCCCACCCAUAUGACCUGCCAUGUUAACUAACGCUAGUGCUGCAGUGCCGCUGUGUUUACAUUAAAAGGCCUGCAGGGACAGGCUAUAGACACCAGGACCACUACAUUAAGCUGCAGUGGUUCUGGGGACUAUAGUGUUUCUUUAAUGUGAGGUAAAUUAGAGAUUAGUGCCACGAAUAAUAUACUAGAUUACCUACUUACAAGCAGAUGAGGAUGAUGAUGGGCUCUAGCUGCAGUCUGGCUCCACUGGUCUGGUGUAUAACAGGAUCUCUGGAGGCUGUUUGUAACUGUGGUCACAAAAAUCAAUGUUCUGGGAGAACGAGAAGCAGCUCCAUUUUUUGGGGGCACUUUACACAGCUCAAGGUCUGGGUCCCAGGGUCCACCUUCAUGUUCCACCAAUGAGUUUGUUCACAGGGGGUGGAGUGUGUAGGGGAUAUCCUGAUUUGUGUGUAAGGAAUGCAUUGUGUGAAUCUGUGUUUGUAUGUGUAAGGGCUGCAAGGUGUGUUUCUGUGUAUGUAAGGGAUGAAGUGUGUGAGUCUGUAAGGGGUGCUUUGAGUGUGUUUAAGGGGUGCAUUGAGUGUGUGUAAGGAAUGCAUUGUGUGUUUCUGUGUGUGUAAGGGAUGCAUUGUGUGUAAGGCUUGCAUUGCGUGUGUGUAAUGCAUUGUGUGUGUAAUGCAUUGUGUGUUUUUCUGUGUGCAAGGGGUUCAUUGUCUUUGUGUGUGAUUGUGUGUGUGUGAUGGAUGUCAAUCUCUCCCCCCUCCCUUGUCACUCUCUUCUCCCCCUCCCUUGUUACUCUCAUUCCCCCUCCCCUGUCACUCCCCCUCCCUCCCUGUUUCUUUCCCCCCACCUCCCUGUCAAUUUCUUUCUCCCCCCCUCCCUCCGUUAGUUUCUUUCUCCCCCCCCUCCCUGUUUCUUUCUCCCCUCCCUCCCUGUUUCUUUCUCCCCCCCUCCUGUUUCUCCUCUGUUUCUUUCUCCCCUCCCUCCCUCCUGUUUCUUUCUCCCUCCCUGUUUCUUUCUCCCCCCCUCUUUCUUCUCCCUCCUCCCCUACCUGUGUUGUAGCGUGGCCGAGCUCUGUAUAGUCGGCGGGUACAGGGAGCUUUUGUUUCCUGUACCGGGCCGGACUAACAGGAAGUGCACACUCAGUGUGCACUUCCUGUUAGUCCGGCCGGGUACAGGAGACAGAUGCUCCCUGUACCCGCCGACUAUACAGAGCUCGGCCACGCUACAGAGAGGGAGUGACAGGAGGGAGCGCUGAGCGCUCCCUCCUGUCAGCCCCUCUCCCCAUGCUGCGCCCGGGCGGUGCGGUCCGCCCUCAUGGACGCACCGCCCGGGCAAAGCUGCAGCCGCCUGAGACUCUUUACAGAGCGCUCGGGCGGCUGCAGCAUGAGCGGGGCCGGCGCUCCAGGCGGCGCCCCCUCCCAAGGGGCGCCCUAGGCGGCUGCCUAGUCCGCCUUACAGGUAGCGCCGGCCCUGUAAACAGGCAUACAUUUGUGUGACAAAGAGUUAUUAAUGAUUAUACAGCACUUUUUUUUUUGUGAAUUUACUGCGUUUGACAGGGCAUGUCAGAGGUUAAAUGAGAUCUUCCUAAGGUGUACAAGACAUGUCAAUGCUCAUGAGUAAUAUCAAGCCUGAAAUUAAGGUUGGAUUCGUGGUUCUGAGACUAUGCGUUCAGAGAAGAUGCUUUGGUUGUAGGUAGGUGUCAUUAGUGGCUCUGAACCGUGUUCUUAGCAUACAGUACCGUGUAGAUCCUAUAUGUGGGAUAAAUUCCGGUGUGGGAUGCUGCUUAUCUGUGCUAAGAUUUCGUAGUGAUCGCGUGUGUAUUUGCCAUCCCUUCGGUUGCAUUUUCUCAGUGUGGUGCUCAGUGAUAGGUGUGUACUGUUUGAUACCCCUAAUCAAAGGGGGCCAGCGGGGGGGGAGGGGGUUGUCAUCUCGUCUAUUGGAUGUGUGCGAGUUGGCGCAGUGGUAGGUGUCUGUGGUGGAUUUGGGGCCCUUAAAGGGGGUCCCUGUGUCAGGUAGGUGUAGGCUAUCAUUUAUGUCAGGAUUUGAACUGCGCCAUGCUGUGCAACUUGGGAACCAUGAACUGAUGUAUAAACAUUCUUAACGUAAGUAUAGGUAUAAGUCUCUAUCACUCGAGCCCUAAUUUGAGCUGCGCUAUGCUGAGUAACAUGUCAACAGGUAAAUAAACAUUCUAUCAUUAGUGGUGUCCGUAGAGCCUGGUUAUUCAUAAUCUCUAUGCAGUGUCCUUGGGAUUGUGACUUUUAGCUGCAUUCAUGUGGACUGUUGGUGUGCUGGGGCAGUGCGUGGGUUGAAGGGGACACUGUUAUUCGUGUCCCAGGUUCCCUCUAGGGUUUGUGUGUCCGCCGCUUUCAGUCCCAGAGUUUCAAGAAAGGCCGGGGCUUCUGCAAGAGAGGUAAGUGUGUGGGUACUCCCAUUGUGAGUUAUCAGCAGCGAUCCUGGUGCCCUCCACCUGUAGCUCAUGUUGGCUGCUCGCAGUUGUUGGGUCACUGGGUGGAGUGACCGGCGCCAUUGGAGGGUGGCCUCGUUAGGUCUUGAUAAAAGGUUAGGCUGGAGUUCUCAAAUGAUAGUGGGGUUUCGCCCCGCAGUGCCACCAUUAUCUGUCCCUUGUCUAGUGAGGAUAUACAGCGUAGGAUGACAUCACGUGCUGUUUGUGAGGGAGCUCUUGGGGGGGCCUGCUACCCGGUAUAUGCCGUCGGUUACCAGUUUUCUUGCCAACGCUGGAGGUAAUAUUGUUGCUAUUAGCCUUCUUAUGUAAUGUGGCAUCUCUUCUGACGUGACACUCAUUGGAAUGCCGCGGAUUUUGAUAUUAUUGCGUCUAUGGCUGUUCUCGAGGGCAUUCAGGUGCAGGGUCAGAUUGUGUUGGGACUUUUGGAGCUGUUGUACCGAGGCCUGUAAGCUUGUCAAAUUUGUUGUGAGUCCUGCAAGCUCCUUCGCCAGCAUUUUGUGUAAAUCAUGCAGGAGUAUCUGCAGGUCAUGUUUGGUCGCUGGUGGCGAUCCCCCUGGGGGAGCUGGUGGUAUGGUGCCGAAGUCGAUGCUCCCUGGUUGAUCAGUGUGGUCCAUUUGUGCGGUAGCUAUCUGGCUUUCUUCUGGGGCCGGUUUGGGCCUAGCGGGUCGUUGUAACAUAGCCCCUAUGUCUCUCCCUUCUGUCUGGGAGUAGGCCCCGGCCCUACGUUGUCAUUUUGGCGUCGUCUUUUUUAAAAGGAAGGGCAUCGUUCGAUGCAGCUCGGUGUCGCAAGUCGGGGUAUGGGUCUAGGAUGGUGGGCUCUAUGGAGAUUCUCUAGAUUGAGGCGAGAUAGUAAAGAUUAGAGCCGGAGCUGUCAUCAAUGGUGUCUGAUCAGCUCGGUGGUUAGCUCCGCCCCUCGUGACGUGAGGUUUCUAACCAAUUUAAACAGAACAGAUUCUGCAAUUAUUUGAGAUGUAAGUAAAAGACAAGGGAGGAGAGGAGAUUAAAGAGUCACUUUAGAUCUAUAACGUACUUUAGCUUGAUGUUAAUAUUAUUAUUAACUUGCUUAUUAUUUUCAUUUUUUUUUUAAAGUGCAGAUUUCAAUAGAAAUCGAACUUUUAUAAAUUAACUUGGUUUCACCCCCCAGGCAGUCAGUCAGACAACUGGUCUCUUACUUCCUGGUUGUUUUGCUCAGUGAAGCUAAACUCAAGAGGCAGUAACUGCCCAGAGAAUUUGUCUUGAAAAUACUUCUCAUUGAGCUGCAUUGGGAAGUCUGCGAUUGGACAGCCACAGAAAGUCUGGGCGGGGUUAAAAGGGGAGGUAUUGUAAAGGCUGCAGACAGAAGAACUAUUUUUAGAUAUACCCCAAUUUUAAAAAAAUGCAUUGUUAAAUGUAUGCAAAUUUUAAUUUGGGGAAUAGCUAUCAAACAGUGUUUUUUUAUUUAUUUUGUAUGUGGUCAGUUAAGAGACCCUUUAAAACUAUUGUACAGACUACAGCUAGUGAGUACAGUAUCACCUGUGACCCAGUAUAGUUUAAUGACUCAUUGCUAAUGUGAUGUAUUUAAGCACUUUGCCAUUUAUAUGGUGGCUGCAUGCUGUUCUUUAUGGGGUAUUAUAGGGUGAUGACCAGUAAAUGGAGUACAUCAUUGUGAAACUAAAAUACCCAGACUUUUAUUUUCUCUAAAAACUGCUUUAUUUAUCAACAAAAUAAACAGAGUAGUAGGCCACCAGUAAAUAAAUAUCAUAUAUGACUUUCUGCCAUGUGUGCCAGUCUUAUUUUAUCAUAAUUCAUAGCUAUUCUAAAAAAUCUUGGCUGAUACAUUGCCUUCCUUGGUGAUUAUAAAUGAAAAAGUAUGUGAAUUCUAGCAUAUUGUUGUGUUUUUUACUUUAACAUUGCAGGUUUCUUCACAAAAAAAAAACUUUUUCAAUUGUUAAAAUAUUUGAAUGAGUCACCUAAUGGAGCACUAGGCAGACGUGGCACUCACUCUCCUAUCUUCCAUUCAUUCCAUUCAACAUCUUUAAUGAUCCAUACAAUCGGGUGAAUAGAUUGCUUUAGCAAAAAAUAUAAAAUGUAUAUUGCAUUAGAAGAAUUGCUGCCUUGUGUUAUAGGAUUCCUUUCUUUAUAGGUAUCACAGGUUUGAUAAGAAAUCAAGCCCUUAUCAAAUGUUGUGACAGAGAGUUCAAAUGAUGUGAUUGUCCACUUAUUAUUUGAGAUUUAUGAGUGCUACUUGCUAAAUCUUGUGCUUGUAUAUAGUUGUAGACUGCUUUCUUACUGUGCCCAGAAAUACAAAUUACAAAUACCAAAAUUUGGGUUAAUGUACCUUGGAUUGCCUUAUAAAAUAUUUUUGUUACUAAUCCUGUGUUUAUCAGAAUAGCCAUUUCUUAACCAUAAUACAAAAUAAUAUAGAGGUAGGCGCUCAGUAUCAAUAAAUGUAGCAGCACAUCACCAACAAUGAGUUCCCUCACCCUUGUGACAUAUAAACCAAAAUAAACAAAAAAGGUGAACAGUGCUAGAAACUGGUAACAAUAAACAUACGAAGAAAGGACCAACUGAAAACAAGAGACAAAUAAUGGUGCAGUACAGUAAAUAAAUAUAAAUAGUGAUGGAUAAGAGUCAAUGGAACACACACACUUUAUAGAGCUAUAUAAGCUCUAUAUUUGUAGACCUGGAUGGUAAAUUUCCCGUAUAUGGAUAUAGACAGUGGAGGUCAGCAGAGCUUAUUUUCAAGUGGAUGUGGCCAUCAUAUAAAAACAAACAGAAAAUAUUCCAGUGGUUUGGUAUGUAUAUAAAAAAUAAUUUAAAAAAAGGAUAAUAUGCUACUUACAUAACCUAGAGCAAGAACCUGCUCUAGUAUGAAGAACUUUGGGUGGAACAAUCCUAACCUGAGGAUGAAUGCAGGAACCAGAUAAAUAGCAGGAACUGGGUAUAGGUAAGUACUCAAAAGACUUAGUAAAAGUAUUAGAAAAAUAUUUACUGUAUUGUACCAUUAUUUGUCUCGUUUUGUUUUUAAGAUAUACAAACUAGAAGUUGGUCCUUUCUUCAUAUGUAUAUUGUUACCAUUUUCUAGCGCUGUUCAUCUUUUUUUCAUUUUUUAUUUCUUAACCAUACUUUUCUUUUGCAGACAUAUUUAAUUCAAAUCAGUUUGCUGAAAACGGGGGACACCAAAUUCAGGGACCUCAGGGUCCCCCGGGACCAAUGGGUAAGUUGCAAAAUAAUUCAUGAGUAUUAUAACAUUUCUGGUGAAUUACCAUUUUUAAAGUUCUUAAUUAGAUUAAUAUAUACAUGUUGUUUCUUUAGGACCCCCUGGACUUCAAGGGCAACCUGGGCCUCCAGGACUCAAAGGACAAAAUGUAUGUUUGUUCCAUGAUCUCACAGUCCUCUGUUGUAAUCUACUCCAAACUAUAAUGUCAUUAGGUGUUAAUGCAGCAGCCAUUUUUUCAACCAGAUGUAAUUAUUCAUUGCUGCAGUUAAUUAACAUCAGUAGAUAAAGUCACAAUGAUCUCAGGAUUUGAACCGAAAUCAGUGCAAUUUUAAUAUGCCUUGAAAUUGGCCUAAUAGUGAAGUGGGUGUGAGAGGCUCAUUUCAAUCUGCAAAAUUAUUUAAAAUAAAUUGGAAAUUGGUCAAAUUGUCCGAGCUAAUAGGCAAUUAUCCACUCUCUAAUCUAUGUCUCUGUGAGCUUUUCAGCCUUAACAUUCAUAUCAGAGAUGGAACACUCGCUUUAUUCUCAGAAUGAUUAAUUAUUCUUUUCAAUCAUUGUAGAUUAUUGUAGCUAGUGAGGUACCCAGUAUCUCCACUGUUAAAAAAAUAUACAUGGACCUGCAGAUGAACACCCCUUUUCCUUAUCCAUUUUUUUGUUUUCUCAGCUGUCACAUAUUGAGAAAUUGCAGCAAGUGAUGGAUUGUAAACAGUUUGCUUUGUCAUGUUUUCUAGCUAUGUUUUCCCACACAGCUGUGAUGCAUUGUCGUUGUUUGGAUUGUUUUCCAAUAUUUUUUCUCUUGCACAGGGUUUGCCGGGCCCUCCUGGCAAAGAUGGCAUCCCAGGAGAGAAAGGAGACAGCGUGAGUGAUAUAUUAGACUAUGACCUUAUAAUGUUUAAUAAUAGUGCAGCACAAAUCACAGCUGUUAUCUUGCAGUGUUUAAAAAAUAAUUAUUUUAAAUUGCCAUCCCAAUGUUACACCAUAUUACAAUUACAUAUUUUCCUCUGUAUAUCAGUUGGUGGAAUCACAGAUAGUAUUUUGCAAUGUAUAACAAGAUUUGUAAGGCAUACAGUGUUUUUUUGUAAAACAAAGGCUGUGUUUUGCAUUAUAGGGCCCAAUAGGUCAUCCUGGGGAACCUGGGACAAAAGGGGAAAUGGUAAGUGUGUUUGAUGUAACAUAUAUACAUCAUACACUUCUUAUCUCUGUCUGUCCUGAUAUUUUCUGUUUUCCCUUUCUUAUUUACAUUUUUGUAUCCUUGCUUUAAUUUACCCUCGUCAUUUUCUUUUCAUGCCAGGGAUCUCCUGGACAAAAAGGUGAACCAGGAGAGAGAGGAGAACCUGUAAGUAUAAAGACUAUUUCCUGGGACAUGACACCCGCACCCACUACAAAACCAGUAACACCUUGGGAUAACGUCAGCCUAUGCCUUUACCUCAACCCAGCUUCUCAUGAACUGUAACAGUAUACAGUAAUGUCUAAUAGAGGAAUACAAGCCUAUGCCAUGGCUUUGUCUUUGUACACCAAAUCUUUGCUCCAUAUCACUGCCAGUCACUUAUUAACACAGUCUUUGUGGAAUUGUUCUCCAACAGCAGAUAGAGGGUGCAGGCUGGACAGUUCAGUUCUAGAUGAUACUUGCAUCCACCUUCAGGCAGUCUAAGCAUAUUAUAUUUUCCCUUGCUUUCCUAUGUCUUAGCUCUAUGCCUUUUCUAUCUGUUUAGUUCUAUUUCAGUUUGACUACCUGAAUCACGUUCUUUGUAAAUACCUACUUUUUUUCUCUUCAGUGUUCCUCCCCAUUUCUCUCCUGUAUCUUUUAUCUUGCUUUCCUCAGAUCAUGACCCCAAGUACUAAGCUACAAAUACCCUCUCAGGAAAAGCUUCACACUUCCAAUACAUAAUAGUGUCUGUUUACCUUGCUAUUACUUUUAUUAACUGGUUGAUGUGUAAUCUAAUGUUUGGGGUAGAUCCCGUAAAGUAUGUGGUUAAUAGGUCUUUGAAGUAUGGACUGAUACAGCUGUGGGGAUUUUCUCCGUCUCACCCUUUUCUUCCUCCCCACAGCCUCCUAUUUAACACUUUCUAUGUUCUUCAGACCUUACCAUGUAACCCUUUUCUCAAUAAGCAGCAGCAUGUUAAUCUUAUUAACUCUGAGAACACAGAUGUUUAACAAAAAAAUACUCUUCUGAAUUAUAUGGGAUUAGUAGGUUAUCGCUAUUAGCAUGUACUCUUGUAGUGUCGUUUUAGAAGUAGGCAUCAUAUUAAAAAUUCUGGUAUGGGAUGGUUCUGCCUUCAGUAAGGAUUGGACCUGAAUUAGACAGAAUUUACAAACACCAAGUUCCAUAAGUUUGGUGGUACUGUGUCCCCUGAAACUCCCUUUCCUGGUGAUCAAGGUGAUUUACUGUUGGGGAAGAGCAAGACCUGAUCUUGUUUCCUCACAGGCCUCCAAAAUACAUGCACCAGAGGUGACAACAUAUUAGACAACUUUAUUCAUUCCCCUGCAGAGCUCUGAUAAAAAGAGCUCUCCCUACUCACUCCCUGACAUACUCUUUGACAGACACACAUACUCUUUGACAAACACACACACUCUCACUGACAAACACACAUACUCUUUGACAAACAUACACUCUGACAAACACACACUCUUUGACAGACACACAUACACUCUCACUGACAAACACACAUACUCUUUUACAGACACACAUACAAACACAUAUACACUGUCAUUGACAAGAAUAGAUACAUUUUCACACACUCACUGACAAGCACACAUUCACUCUCACUGACAAAAACACAUAUACUCUUUGACAGACACACAAAUACAUACAAACUCCCUAACGGACACAUAUACUUUUUUUUUACAUUUUACUCCACCCAGCCCCCUACCUUUAGGAGUGCUGGCAUGGAGUCCCUGGGAUCCAGGGGGGUGGCUGGCCUGCGGGCGGCAAGUGAGCAGUGAUCUCCCUGCUCAGCUCCCUCGCGUGCCUCUUGGUGAUGCCGGAGCCGGAGUGACGUCAUAUUACGGCUCCAGCAUCACUGCUGUGCGGGCGAGGGAGCUGAGCAGGGAUAUCACUAUUCACUGCUCCCUCGCCGCCCGCGGCCAUUUUAUUUUAUAGCAUUUUGGCGGAACCCCAAUUAGUGUUCUGCGGAACCCCUACACCAAUUGGGAAAUGCUGCUCUAUAGCUAGAGAACUGCAAAAGGGAAUUGCAAAUUUUAGCACAAGAUAGCUGAGAUGGAAAUAUAGCUAACUCUGUAAACAUAAAGAUAGAAGGUAUGCAGUAGCUUAUCUCCUGAGUGGGGGUUAACCCCUAGUGAAAUUAAUUCACUAAUAAUUAACAAAAAUAUAUAGCUAACUCUGGGAAAUUAGUCUAUUCAGAAAUACAUUUUGUUAUUGCUGUGUCAACUUUCCUCAAUUCCUGGGUUAGCGAAUAAACCACCUUGUGCUUGUGUCCCUAUGAGAUUCACAUGAUACUAUUAAAAUCAGCGUAUUCACACACAUAAAAAGCACAAUUAUAAAACCAGAACGGUAGAGUUAUUAAUUACACUUUUUCUUUAAACAUUGUUUUAACUUACUCAACAUCAAUGGGAUUACUAUAAUUAAUUCUAAAUGUUGUUGAUCUCCUAUCAACCUUAUGCAUGAAUCCUUUACAACUGACCUGUUAACUCCUAGUAUGUCAGCUUCAAGAUGUGUUAACCCCUGAUGGGUUCUAUGAGGGUGGGAGGGGGUUAAUCCCUUACAGCUGUGUCUGUCUCUUGCUUGAACAGGGGGAGAGAAUGCUGCAGAUCAGAGAAGCACUGAAGAUUUUAGCAGAAAGAGUUUUAAUAUUGGAGACAAUGAUUGGAAUACAUGGUAAGUAUUAAGGAGAGAUUGGGAAAGUAGAGAAAAGUGGGGGAGUGGUGCAGUAAUUAAGCAGAAUGAUUUGAUUGCCAUCAGGCAAAUAUGGAUGAUAAUACUGGGUAAGGCAGAGAUGUUGGGGGAAUAAAGACAAGUAAUUAGAAUAAAUUAUAGCUAACUCUUAUAGAAUACGUGAAAAUAUAUGAAGGUUUGAGUCAGCCAGCGAUUUAAACAUGUGCAUAGUUGGAGUAAAAUUUUGAAUUCAGUGCUAGCAGUAAUGAGAGCAUUGCUAAAUCUGCAUUCUAUUUCAGUUUUAGCGAUAGACAUCACAAUCCAGUUCAGUCCAGUUACAGAUAAGACACACAAUGCAAAUGUGUGAGAUAGGACACAUUGGGAGUUAUGCAUUUUCUGGUGCCGUUUUUGCCAAUUUAUUCCAUUAUUUGGUCCAAUAUAUAUCCCUUACUGCUUCUCUUCAUUUUAUUCUCUUGUUCCAAAUUGGUUCUUUUUCAGUUCACAAAUGUGAUGCUCCCUAUGUAUAUAUAAAAAAAGGAGGUGCAAGAGUGAGCCUUUUAUUUUAUUUGCCAUAUUUUUGCUACUGCCAGCGUGGCGGAUUUUCUGAAACAGAUAAGCAGUAUCCAUGGUCUUCCUUUUUGUUUAAAGGAAUGUGUCUGCCCCAUAACAACUUCAUCUCAUUGAAGUUAUGUUGGCAGGAGUGAAGUUGGUCUCCUGGCGCUGCCAGUACUGCCUCCCUCGAUCCUCCUCCAGCAGCCUAGGCAAAUCAUCCUUUGACAGGAGGCAAUGCCAGUGUUAAACCAUUCAAAAUGGUUUAUACCUUGAUGUUUAGCCUAGUGCCAGCAGCCUCCAUAACAACUUUAUGGAGAUUAAGUUGUUUUGGAGACUGGUGUCACCCAGGAGUGUUUUGUUGUUGUGGUGUUUUUUUUGUGAGUUUUUUUAAGGAAUAAAAAAAUCCUUCAAAUGGUAAAUGUGUCUUUCUUUCCUAUUGAUAUUACUUAUUUUUCUCGUGUUGUGAAUGUAAUCAAUGAUACAAUCAUAAAGAGAGAAUGAGUGAAAAAUCCAACAGAGGAUUAAAAAGAGAUUAUUUUGGCACAUUAUUGAAAAAUUUGCCAAUUAUCAAUGUAUAUAGGGUGUAGCAACAGUUUCAUACAUAAUAAAAUGGUGCAUGUGCACAAAACGGAAACAAAUGUGAAACUAUUUUUAUAUGCGACCCCCAGAGUUUCUGUUUCUCCUCUUUCACUAUGUUCAAUAGCAGAAAAGGAUAGUUCCUGGAUAGCUGUAAAUACAGCAGUGUAAAUAAAUUGACGUCUUACUUAGAGGCUGCUGGAAGCUGGGAGCCGCACCCCGCACCCACUACUAUUGCCGGAGAUCCUAAGUAGGGGCUUCUGUUAGCUCUGCUGAAUUAAGCUCUGCAGUACAGGGUUAGCUCAUUGACUGGGAGCGAUCAGUGAGCCCUGCUCACAAAAAUAUAUUUGUUUACUAUAGUACACAUAAUAUUAAAGGAACAGCACAGUGUUAGGAAUACAAACAUGCAAUCCUAACACUAUAGUGAUGAAAUAAAUGUUUAGGUGCCCUGCCCCCUCUCUGUGGUGUUAGGUGUGUUUACAAUCUUAAUGAUCUCAGCCAAUCCAAUGUAUUCCCAUAGGAAAGCAUUGGGAGGAUAUUGUGAAUACGUAUCAAAACACCGUGCUGCGCCAUUCAGCACAGCUUCUCCUUAUAGAGAUGCACUGAAUCAAUGCAUCUCUAUGGGAAACGUAGGAAGCACUGAGACAGGAAGCGUGAGGAGUGAGUCCUACAGGUGUUCCUAGGCAGCAAUGUAAACACUAAAUUUUCUCUGAAAAGGCAGCAUUUACAUUGAAACCCUGCAGCGCUUCAGGAGCGCCAUAAGGUGGCCAGCCAGCCUUUUCCUGGGCCCUCUGUGAUAGACCAUUGGCCCACUCCUCUUGAUGUUCCGCACCUUCUUGCACCUAGGUGCAGUACACCCCGUGUACCUGCCCAGGAUCAGUCCUGCAUGCCACUGUUUCAUUAUUUCGCCCGUAAACCUGCCCCUAUUUUUGCGCCUGGGGAAGCAGCACCCCCUCCCCAGUAGUUACCGUAGUUACGAUAAGAAAUACAGCCUCACCACAACAAAUGUCUUGGUAAUAUGGCAGCAUAUAGAUUGGAUUAGCUGUAUUAGUCCAGUAGACAAAAUGCCAAAAUCACAGAGUAUUGCAGUAUGCAGUGAUACUUUUUAUUGGACUAACAAUACUUUAAUACUUACAAAAUAAGCUUUCCUCUCUUCUUAGGGUCUGAAGCUUGUCUUUCAAGUAUUAAUGUAUUAUGUUAGUCCAAUAAAAAAGCUAUCGUUGCAUACUGCAAUACUCUGCUACUAUUCAGGAAUAAUUAAUGUGCUAUGUAUGUAUGUUGAAACAAAAAUAUAUUUAAACAUUGCUUAAAUAUUAAGAAAUACUGGAAAAGGGAUAAAUUUAGAAUGUAAUCUGCACUCAUUCAACUAGAGGGCAUGCAGCAAAGAACUGGUAAAUUUUUGCACAAGGUUAGCAACUCCACUGGUUGGUGAGCUAGUACCGAAAUCAACACUUUUGUUGCAGUGCCCUCUAGUGAAAUGAGUGCACAUUACAUUCUAAAUUAUUAUACUGUUAUUUUAAGGUUUCCCCUUGAAUUGCAGGACAUCUUGGAGCAUCAAAAUGGAAGUGAUUUUUUUUUUACCAUGAUUAUGUCUGUUGCUCAGCAUCACAUUGUCUAAUAUAAAGAAUGGAAUUGAGAACAAUGUUUAUAUUAUUUAUUUAUGGCAAAUUCCUAGGUUUCCAUUUCUUUAUUUUCCUUUUUCUUAAUGAAUCUUCCUAUGUAUUGAUUGUAUAUUGUCCUUCACAUAUAUUUAUCUUCCUUCAGUAUUUCCAUGUCUGUUGUACUACUUACCCAUGAAUGUUCUUUUUACAACCCCCCAUCCUUCAUUUUUUAUCCUAAUUGUUGUCCAUUUUGUUUUUGCCAUCACACCCUUCAUUCCAUUCCCUUUGGUCCACUGUCCCAUUCUGCUAUUUUCGGUCUGGCAGGUGGUCAGCUUAGCCUCCUUUCUCCAGCUUCAAGAACAGCUGGAGCUGCUGGUUAGAAGGGUCACUCUGCUUGAGUACAUUAUGUGGCCAGGUAACAAUAGCCGUACACUGCUUCAUCCUGUCCAAAAGCCCCCUAUAUUCCUGCAAGGCUUCUCUAUCAAUCCCCUGUACCCACAGGGCUGUGAAUGUAACAUGUUCCCAACAGCACCAAGUAAACAGUUCUAUGGGAGGAGGCUAAAACACUUUGUUCUGUUAUAUAGUUACAACUGUAUUCAGAUACACUUUAAAUCCUAUUGGUCUUGCACAGUUAAGAUUAUGGGAACAACCAAUACCUCAUGAAGAUUUACCACUUAAUUUAUGAAAUCUGGCCAAAUUUUUACCUAUAGAGUAAUUACUUAUGGUCCAGGGUUUUGGCAAAAAGGAUGUACAUAUUAAAGACCUUAACCCUCCUGCAGCUUUAACCCAAGGGCUGUGUGUGGAAUGGACUAUCAUUACUGCUUUAAAGAGUUGUCACAUUUAAUAUGCAUUUUGUAAUCCAUUCGGAAACAGUAACUAUUAGUCAUGUUAUCUUUACAUAUAUCUGUGUUUCAGUUAUUUGAUUAAUUUUACUUUUGACAUCCCAUCUUCUUUCUGAAAUGACAGAAGUGUUGUUUAAGGCAAAUCGCCUUAAAUUUCCUGCACAGUUAAACUGUAUUAUUGGUAAAUGAACAUUCGGCUACAUCCAGUAAAAUUUAAAUUUCUGACAAUUUUAAGUCUGUUGCUCACCUCAUCUCUGGCAACCUUACAAUCUUGCUGACACCAUUUUAUGGGGGAAAAAGAGGAAUUGUGGGAACAUUAGACUGCUUACUAUAAGCACUGCUCGGUUCAGUCAUUAAUCUUAAGUUGAACCGCUUUAUAUUGUUCCAUACUUCACAAAAAUUCUGGAAAAAAAAGGGUUUACUGGGAUGAAUGCUAUGUAUAAUGUGACAUCUUUGAGGCUCCAUAUCAUCAUUCAUUCAUUGUUUAAUGCCUUUGAAUCCCACUAUAACAAUAGGACUAGAACAUGUUACCUUUAUAGCCCUUAUAAAGUCCUCUCCAAGCUAGAAGCUAGAUGUAAAAGUGUGCAUGCUACCUGUGCAUUCGUGGUGCAUGAACAGCAAAUGUGCACGAGGCAUGAAUUUGUAGAGAGAACUGCACGUUGUCUUUGUCUAUGAUUGUGCUUUUUAAAAAAACUGCAAUCAUUGGUUGAAUUUUCUCUUCUAUACAUUAUGAAUAUAACAAACAUGUAAGUACUAGGUAGUCUUCUAAAAAACAAAUAUUACAAACUGACUGCACCAGAUUUGCUUGGAUUCUGUUUUUGGAUCAUUUGAUCUCUUUCAAUGAGUUGGAUGAAAGGACACAUGUAUGCAUUGGUGACUUUGCUGGUUGGGAGGCUGCAUUUCUAAGCAUUCUCUAAAGGAUUUAUUUGGGGGGCUGGCUCUUUUUCAUUCUUCUAUAGUAUAAGGUUUUUAAAGGGACACUCCAGGCACCCAGACCACUUCUACCCAUUGGAGUGGUCUGGGUGCCAACUCCCACUACCCUUAACCCUGCAACUGUAAUUAUUGCAGUUUUCAUAAACUGCAAUAAUUACCCUGCAGGGUUAACUCCUCCUUUAGUGGCUGUCUACUAGACAGCCACUAGAGGGCACUUCCUGCUUCAUUGCACAGGUUUUCUGUGCUAUAGCGUCGCUGGACGUCCUCACGCUGUGUGAGGACCUCCAGCGUCGCUAAAAUCCCCAUAGGAAAGCAUUGAAACGCAUUUUCAAUGCUUUCCGAUGGAAAGGUCUAAUGCGCGUGCGCAGCAUUGCCGCGCAUGCGCAUUAGUUCUCCCCCGCAGGCUGACAUGGUGACGGGGAGGAGCGUGGGCGGAGGAAGAAGCAGCGACGAGGGACUGCCUCUGGUAAGUGACUGAAGGCUUUUUCACCCCUUCAGCAACCGGGGAUGGGAGGUAGGAGGGAGAGGGGACCUGCAGUGCCAGGAAAACGGAUUGUUUUCCUGGCACUGGAGAGUCCCUUUAAGCAAACUACCCCAACCGUACCAUUUUACUCUAUUACCUAAUCAUAACCUCUGACCUUAAUGCCUAACUUUAUUCCCUAUCCCUAAAUGUAACCACAGUCUAGACUUUCCCUCUAACUUUUACUCUAUUCCUAACCUUAACCCACACCAUAUUCUCAACACUUAAUCAUAAAUUCUUAUGCUGACCUUAACCAUUCACCUUUUUCCUAACUUUAACACCUCAUGCUAACCUUAAUAUAGAACUCCAUUUCUCACCCUUACUACUUACCCUGAACACCUAACCCUAACUUCCUCCUCUAUUCCCUUACCUAACUACGUACCCAUUGGCAGUUUUAAAACAACCACAAUCAAAUUGCCAUCCUCCAGCCUCACUGUCUUUAAAAUUCCAUAAAUCCAUUACACCACAUCUGGAUCAGGGAUUUCCUUGGAAACUCUGUGACAUUCAGCUGAAGUUGCUACAGCACAUUCAGUACUUUUCCUUUUUACUUGUUUAGACUAGAAACUCAAGGAAGACAUCUGUGCUAUAAAAUGAUUCUUGAAGUGGGACGAUUUAAAAAUAUUGGGUUAGUGGUGUAUAGAAGGAAGACCUAUCCAUAGUUCUGAUAAUAUAAUGUUCUCUGCUUAUUUUUUGUUUAGUUACUAUUUCCCAUCUGAAAAGCAUUUUUGGGUGAGGUACAUAGAAAAUGGAUUAUAUAAUUUUAGAUACACAGAUUUAGAACAUAGUAAAAAAACAAAACCUUACAAAUGAUUGUUUCCAGUUAGUUAAUUUAACUUUGGACACCUGGUCUGCAGAUUGUGUGGCAUGCUUAAUAUGAAUGGUUAGAUAUAAUAGGAAGGGUGUUUCCAAGAGUUCACCAGGUUUAAUAUAGUAAAUAUCAUGUAAAUGGGUAUUAUGAAUAAUUUAGAAUUGUUGGCAGGGGGUAGAUGGGUUGAAGGGACCAAUGAUGUGUAUGGCUAUGUUCAUCCUUAGUACUUCAUUGACAGUAUUUGAGUGAAAUAUCUAACAUAUUUCCAACUAUUUGAAUUUCAGAAGCGGAAUCUGGCUCAGGAAGUGGACCCUCCCCAACAAGUUCCACUGGAUUCUAUCGUGGAAGGCGCCAAGGUCCUUCACCUUACAGAGUUGUACAAUCACAGCACAAUGAGGAUGAGGAAGAUGAGCGCUUCUGAUGAUUCCCAGCAAAAAGCCAUUGUCCAAACAAAUUUGGCUGUACCCAGUCUUUACAUAUUUGUGCCUUGUUACUCUUAACUACCAAGCAUCAAAGAUUGCCAAGUGGGUUGUUGGAAUAGAUUAAUCUUUUCACAGUAACCUCUUUAAUUGAAACCUCCCACUGGCAAAAGAAAUGUUUACAUGACGGUUUGUUCUAUAAAAGUAUUGGUUUUAUUAUGGAGAUAUGAUCUUAUUUAACAUGGAUUUGAUACCCCCCCCCCCUCCUUGUGUUCAUGUUUUUCUCAUAAAAAAGGUAGUGAAAAUGUAAUUUGUAGUACAGGUGCUGCACUGUAAACUUAGACUCAGUAUGGCCACAUUCCUAAUUAGUGGACAUUCCAAUGCCAUCUGAGUAAUAUGUAAGACUUAAUGUUAAUCACUGCAAAGUAUGGGCAUCCCCCAAUUCAUUUCUGGCAGUUGUGAGCACUUAAAAUGGCAGCACAAGGAGAUUGCUGCUAUAACCCCUUCUCAGUUCUGGGACUGGGAUUUAAAACACAUUAGCGCCAGUAAAAGAUGAUAGCUGAUGGGUUUGUGUGGUCAUUAUCAUAAGAGGAUAUGUAACUGUAUUAUUUGUUUGUACACGUCUUAUUAUAUGAAUCCUCUGUGUGAGGACCAAAAACACUUUGUAUAAAUAAAAAGUUUUUUUUUUUUAAUUGAAAUCCUUGUUAUUUCUUUUUUUCCCCCCAAGAUUAAUUUUUAUUAAAUAUGUUGUUUCUUAAUGUUCGUGUCUGAGGCUGGGAUAAUAGUGUGAAUGAAAAAGCCAACGCUUCGUUUAAAAUGAGGUAACAGAAGGUACCAAGGCUUAGCUAAAAACCUAUAUCUCACCUCAGACUUGAGUCUUUGAAUGGAUCUGUUCUGGGCCAAAGUUAAACAUUACUCUAACCAAGCUAUUAAAAAUUAGUGUCCCAUCCAAUCACCCCUUUUGUCUUGGGUUGGAUAAACUCUUGUUAGCCGAGUAGAUCCUAAUUUUACAACACAGGCAAGAUGUGUAAAUGGCUCACUCUGGUUUCAGGGCCGUUGUUUCUCUUUUCAACAAGUCACCUUGCCUUUCACUAGUCACCUUCAUGUCUUCCCCGACCCUCCCCUCUACAAGCAGGGACACUGCUGUGUCCACCUUGCCAGUUGCUGCUAACGCCACUACUGCAGGUCCUGUAGGGAAUCCCAUUCGCUCCAAUUGCUGAAGCCUG